GUCCCCUCCCUCGACGCUGCACAGAGAGGCUCAGUGUGCGCGCGGGUCGCUCAGCAGCUGCAGCAGCCGCCGUCCCGAGCAGAGCCCUUCUCGCGUCCCGGGAGCCGGCGCUGCCCUGCCGCCGCCGAGCCAGAGGCAGCUCCUUGUCCCUUUGGCGCCACGGUCUCCCUUUCUCCCUCCCGGCCCGCGCCGUCUACGCGCUCCCCCCCUCGCUCUCCUCAGCGCCCCGUGUGCGCCUCCGUGCCAGCCCCGUCGCCUCAGCUCGGCUCUGCCCGCCCGUCCUUCGGCGCCCGCCGGGGAAAUGCGGGGCCUGUCCGGCUGGGUGGUGCUGCUGGCGCUCGGCAGCUGGCUCCGGCUGCGGGCGAAGGGCGCCGUGCCCCUGGCUGACUUCUACCCCUUCGGGCCGGCGCAGGGGGACACGGCCACCCCGCAGCAGGACGACGGCGGCUCGGGGCUCCGGCCCAUCGCCGUGAAGUUCCCCUUCUUCGGCGCGGCUCACAUGGCGCUCUACGUGAGUAGUCUGCCUGAGAGAGACACCCCCUUCCCCCCCCUCAGCCCCGAGGUUGCCUACCGCGGAGUAGUUACCCCGGAAUGCUCUGUGCCUGAGGGCCCCUCAGAAAUACCUCACCCAACAUACUUGGUCCUCGUAAUAAAAGGGAGACUGGAGCGGGGAGGGAAACCCUACCGGGCUCACGGCGUGAGAGGCUUUUCUCCACAGAGCGCGCUUGCUUCCACCGACCGGGAUGCUCUGCGUUGAGCUUUGCAAUGCCACGCCAGGCGUGCUUUCGCUGAAGCAGGUCCCACGGCAGUUGGGUGAAUCUCUCUCUCUCUCCCUCCCUGGGAAUAAGUGCUCCGGGCUGCAGCCGGAGACCCUAAAGCAGGCUUGGCUAAUCCGUGGCGCUUCAGGUGUUGUUGGGACUCCUGGCCAUAGGCUAGGAGUUGAAGCAGCAGCGCGAGGAUGUCUGGAGGAGUGCCUCACGUUAGCCAGCUCUGCUUUAAAGGUUAUAGCAACUGAACUGGGCCAAAGGCAUGCGGGGAUCUUUCACUGGCUUUCUCAUUCCUAGGGAUGAGUGUGGUGCAAAAAGCCCUGCCUUGUACUGCAGCCAGGUAAAGGUGGUGGGGUAUUUUGAAAAACUUGGUUUCUUAGACUAUGUUCACAUGGAUUCUGUUCGACAUACUUAUGAUAUGCAUAUUCAGUAGCCUAUGUCAGGGAUGAGGGACCACACAUCUCACCAUCCCUGACUGUCUGGAGCUGAUGGGAGCUUGAGUCGCAACAACAUCUGAAGGGUUAUAUGUUCCCCAUAUCUACUUGCUGGAGCUCCUGGGGGACCAGUACAGACGAACCACAGGUGGCAUGGUAGCUACUUUAAAUCUGAUUUCUGCAAACUAUUGAUAAGAAAUAUCUGCCACGUGAAGAACUGGGGUUUCUGCACACCUGUUAGAAUGUGUUUGCUUCCUUUCUGCAAAUAUGUACUCGAAACAGCCCAUCAGAACGUACAUAAAUAGUAAAAGUAUUGGUGCACUGGUGGGUUUCCCAAAGUCCAUCCAUUUUUCUUCAGCACUUUGACUUUCACAUGACAAUCUUGGCUAUGGGAUUAUAUAGUAAAUGCCAUAUAACAGGAUAGCAUGGUGGGGAUGAGAUCCCAGUGAUAGGAGGCACCUCAAAACCACCAAAGAAGCAAAAGUGGAGGGUAGAGGUGGGGUAGGAGCCUCAAGACAGGAUGGACCAGUGGUCUGUUUUAGAUGCAUGUUUUUAAUGUGUCUUAUUUUGGUGUGCUGCCUUGACAAUGUAUUCUUGUUUAUAUAAUUGUAUAUUGCAUUGUUGUAACCUGCCCAUGGUGAAGGAUAAAUGAUAAAUUUUGUAAUAAUAAAUAAUAAUAAUAAAUAAAUGAGCAUUGACUGAUAAUACCAGAAAAAUACAUGAUAGGUACUUCCAGACACAUAAUGUAAAGGAGUAGUUUACGAUAGUUUUUUUUUAACUCCUCCUAGAGUAAAUCCAGAUUAAAUAAGGGGGGGGGUGGACAGAUACUUUUAUGCCUGUGAUGCCAUGUGGAUACUGCAGAAAAUUGCAAGCAUGAUGUGCCUUCAGCCCACACUCAGCACCCAUCUGGAAGCACCUAAUGACACUGCCCUUGAGGAAAACACUGAACCAAAGGCAUUCUGACCAAUCUGCACAUAAUUGGUUGCAACUUGCAAGCACCAACUUCGGACCUGCUCCUUUGCACUAAAGGGCUGUUGUCCAGCCAGCUGAGUGUGCUAGCCAACAAGAGUAAGGUUACCAGACGUCCCUGUUUCCUGGGUACAGUCCCUGGAUUUACAAAUCAUUCCCCUGACAAAAUCCAUCUAUUUAGUAGAAAGUUGAAAAGUGUCCCCGGAUUCAUUGAAAAAAGUCUGGUAACCUUAAGCAAGAGGGACCAAAGAGUUAAACUACUGCUAGCCACAAAUAACUGUCAUGAUUCCAGAAAACUGCAUGGUGUAUUUAGAAACGAAAUCUCAAAAGACAAUUGCUUGCAAUCUGUCUUCCGGGCCUUUCAGUCCUAUUACCAUGUUUUUAAACUCUUCCCCCCACUGCAAUCAUGAUCAUUGCAACAACAAAAAAAUUCUUCCCAUCCCCAAAAGCAGAUUUUCAAGAUUCUAAUGACAGCAAAUAUACCACUAACUGCCUUGGCAACCGCAUAGUCCGCAAGCCAGAUGUUUGUACAACCAAAACCAAAUUUCGUUAGCCAAGAUAGUUAGAUAAUAUAACUUUGCACUUAGGUUGGCUUUAAAGUUUGGUUUGUUUUCCAGCUGCUCUUUCCGUAUGCCUUUAUGACUUGGCAAGCGUUGGAGGUGGGAUAGCCAAGCAGACUAUUGGUUAGACAAGGCUGUUGGGGUUGGUUAUAACACCAAGCCAAGGUUUGUAAGCCAGCAACAAACCAUGGACUUCAUCCUGUGGUUUUCCAGGAAACAAACCAAGGUUAGUCUCUGGAGCUGGGUCUACACCAUGGCUAAGCUAAACAAACCAUGGCUUAGCAUUAUGUGCAAAACAGGCUUGUGAGUAAAAUCUGUGCUGAUCAUGGUUGGAAGAAAAAAGUACUGUGGUAGAUGGCUUGUGAUCUAAUCCAGCCUGGUGGUAGUAAAAACAAUAGCACCAUUUACAUGUUCAAAGCACUUCACAUGAGCCUCACAACAACCUUUGUAAGGUUCAACAGUAUUAUUAUCUCUGUAAUGCAGGUGGAGGGAUGAGGGUGAAAGAGACUGAUGCACCACAUUAUCAGCUCAUUGUAAAGUGAGUCUUGAACCAAGGUCUCUCUGAUUCAUCUUUCUCUCUCGAGCUAUAUGCUCCAGCAAAAACAUGUACCCAAGCCUCAGUGGAUUGGACCCUAAAGUUUGACAAUCUAGUCUAAAGUUUGUUAAUCUAACCUGGUGCCUUCCAGAAGUUUUACACUACAUCUCCCAGCCAGCACAGCCAGGUUGGGAAAGACAAAGUUAACUUUGGAAGGUCACAGGAGGACAAUUUCCUGCCCCAUCUCUCCUCCCAUGCUCAUUGUUCAGGAGCCGCCCCCUGGAAAGGCUUUUCAAGGAUCAUAAGGGAAAGAAUGGCACGUGAAAUUUCAUUGUCUUAUGAUUCAAGCCAAUAACUGUAACAUCCAUUGAUUCACAGUCUUUAGACUGAUGGUUUGUGCUGUGCAAAUAGAUCCUUGUUUUAUACAACAUGACUGGCAUCUUUAAAUCUAGCUGCCUUUUGCUUGGUUCCUUUUCUUUCUUUUUUAGGUCACUUCAAAUUAUUCCAAAGUCAUCUGGAUUUACUUGGGGACAGUCAACAGUUUUAAUUUAAUUUAAGGCAUCAAAGCUGUAACAGGAUGUUGCGAAUCGGCAUGUCUUUGCUAUAUUUGGCAAUUACACUCUGCCGCCAAGGGGUUAUAAUGGCCUAAAGAUUCUGGGUUCAAGGAAAAUCCUUGAAUGGCUUGGCCUCUUCCACUGCCUAAUUCUAUUGGCUGAUUUGACUCUGUUAGCUCUCUGAAUAUGAUUUGUACUGCAGUGUUGCACCUUUGGGUUGUCACUGCCAGUACACGAAUAUGAGUUUGGCUGCAUGAAACUCACCACAAGGACAUUCCUGAAGGAUAGGUGUAAAAACUAGGUGACUGUAAAACGUUUCCCUUGCCUGCCAUGAUAGGAGACAGGAAAUUGCUUACAAUGAUGACCAAGCAAAAUCUAAUUUCCUGGACACAGUAAUAGAUGUUGACAUUACCUCAGGAGAGUCUGUUACUGCAGCAACACAAUCCAGUAGCCUUAGAAGAUGUCUCUUUCUCUGCCUGUGAAUAAUUCACGUGGAGAAGAGUCUUGUGGUUGAGCUUUAAUUUAGUCUUGGUGCUGUAAGCAAGGGGGGGGCGUUUCCAUGAUAUAUAAUUACUUCAGUGUAUGUUCCAAUUUCGUGCACUGUCAUGACUUGUUGUUGUUGUUGUUUAGUCGUUUAGUUGUGUCUGACUCUUCAUGACCCCAUGGACCAGAGCACGCCAGGCACUCCUGUCUUCCACUGCCUCCUGCAGUUUGGUCAAACUCAUGUUUGUAGCUUCGAGAACACUGUCCAACCAUCUCGUCCUCUGUCGUCCCCUUCUCCUUGUGCCCUCCAUCUUUCCCAACAUCAGGGUCUUUUCCAGGAGUCUUCUCUUCUCAUGAGGUGGGCAAAGUAUUGGAGCCUCAGCUUCACGAUCUGUCCUUCCAGUGAGCACUCAGGGCUGAUUUCCUUAAGAAUGGAUAGGUUUGAUCUUCUUGCAGUCCAUGGGACUCUCAAGAGUCUCCUCCAGCACCAUAAUUCAAAAGUCAUGACAUAUGACAAACAAAUGGCCCUCUUCUGUUCCAUGCACAUAUACCAGGAAAUGGUUACCAAUACAGUAUGUGUGCAGGGUGCAAGCAUUGACUUACUUGGAGGUCCAUAUUUGCUUACGUUCAUCCUGUGUGAAGCUGUAUUUAAGGUAACAGAGUCCUAAAAUGAGAAAGUUGUACUGGCUUGGGUUUAGCUAACCCAUUGUCUGGCAUUUACUUUAUUUGCUUAUGAGGAUACUUUUUGGAAAACGUCUUUUACUAGCAUGCAUUCUUCGCUUAUCAUCCUUUCCUGUGCCUUGUGUCCAAGCACUGUUUGUUAGAAUAUGGCAACACUUUGGUGCUGCGAGGAAUACAUGCACCAUACAAUAACGCUCUUGGAAAUGGUUAGUAUACUUGUGCAUGGCUGGGGUCAAAUAAUUUUGAGUGGCCAAGCAAGACUCUUAACCACUAGCACAUGCUCUUGUCCCUGACUUUGCACUACAUUUUAAAAAUGCAACAAAGGGUCAGAGGCGCACCAAAGCACUCUCCUUCAAACUGGCUUUCUGGGCCUACUUUCUUGGUGGAAUCUAACUGCCUUGCAGAUGCAGGAGCAAGCCAGUGUAUCCAUUGUCCCCCUGGAGCUCAGAGCUAGCCAGAGGCAGUGGAGGGAUGCUGGUGUUCAAACCACCCGGCGGAUGCUAAGACAAACUUCCAACUAUGGGCUCAUCCAGACUACCUUUCGUGCUGUAUUUCUAGGCACAGGACUGCACUUUAAAGUGCUAUGUCCAACCCCCCAACCCCCAACCCCCCUUUCCCAGUGAAAACCUGCUCUUUACCACUGAAUCAGAGCACAUGACAAUCUCUAGGAAACCCGAAUUGCUGUUUAUUCUGAUUCAGUGUUUAAGAGUGGGUUUUUGCAGAGAAAGCACAGAGGCGAAAAAAGAAAGGAAAACCGUUCAGGCACGGCACUUUGAAGCUCAGACCUCUGCCUAGAAAGCAUGGGGUAAAAGGUAAGCUGAGUCCUAUAUUUGGGGCCAAGGCAGAUUUAGGGCAGCGUGAUUGGUUUCGCUGCAUGGGAUGCAACCUUGUUAUCCACAUUAUGUCUAGGAAAGAUAAUGGUAUAAAAUGCUGGAAAAAGUGCUGGCAAUCAGUAUAGACCAGGCGUCUGCAACCUAAGGUCCAUGGGCCGGAAGCGGCCCGCGGAGGUUGUUUGACCGGCCCACGAGCCGCCCCCAAACUGAGCUGCCCACUCGCGUGCUGCACUAAACCGGCGCAGUACAGGGACUCACUUUUGCAGCGCCGAAAAUCACGUCUGUGCAGACGCAAACUCCGAAAAUUACAAGCGAGCACAAUCUGGCCCACAGAGGGAUCUCCACGGGACCGAUCCAGCCCUGGCAAGAUAAACCUUGCUGACCCCUGGUAUAGACAAUAAGGUAGUUAGACCAAUGGUUUCACUCUGUAGUGUAGAGGAUAGCUUCCUAUUCCCACCCACUCCCUGGAAAGUUUAUAACCAAGAACAAACCUAGACUACAGCUAGUGGUUAGUGAUGGGGAGGAGAGAGAGAGAGAGAGAUUAGCAAGAAUUUGGACAAUAUGGUAAGUGAAACCUUGGCUUAGCUCAACAUGGUGUGGGAGUUAAAAAAAAGACCAGGAAGGCACAAAAUAUCUGAGCUCCUCUCCAGGAGCCUGCACAAUCCCAGUAAGUUAUCGUUUGGCUUAUUGUGACAUGUGAACCAGGCCAGCCUCUCUGUGUGAUUAAAUCUGGCUGCGUGUCAAUGUCACUGAAGGCAAACAAAGUCUUUUCAGAGUAAGGGCAGUGGUUCCUGGACAGGUGAAAAUGACAAAGAGCUUUGCAGCAUCUUUAAAGGAUAGCAGUCUUACUGUAGCAUAAGCUUUUGUGGACGUUCAUCCCACUUAAUCAAAUGCAUGAACCGUUAAGUCUUUGAUUGGCAGAUACGUAUACACCUGCCAGCUGAAGAUAACAGUUCAUGUGCCUAAUUAGGAGUGCUGUGAGUCCAGGAAAGCUUGCACUACAAUAAAUCUUAAAGUGCAAAGAGAUGCUUUGCUGUGUUUGCUGAGGCAGACUAAGAUGCCUGCCCCUUUGGAAGUUGUGAUCCUGAACACUCUUGCACUCUUUUCACACUCCUGAAUAUGUUUGUGGAAAGCAGUACUUCUGGUUGAGCUCUGUAGAGUUUGGAAAGAGAGCACUGCUAACCCCUUUGAACUGAUAUGUUCAAAUUAGUAAGGAGUUAUCCAGGGCAACCAUGAUAACUUUAUGGAGGGGGGGUCUGCAGGGAGAGAGCAGGACAUAAUUUCCUGUCAGUGAUGGUUUAUUUUGCUUGACCCACUUGCAGGAGUCCCGAAAGGGCUCCAAGGAGGCGGGUAGAUGAAGAACAGGAAGCAAAGCAAUUCACUCCUAACCCCACCCAGUGUCUCAGUCCAGAUAAAACCAUGCAGUGGAAUAAGCAGAAUAGAAUGGUCACAUUUUUAAAAUACACUUUUAUAUUUUUAUUUUUAAAAAAUACUUAAAUGCCAAUGGAAAACCAGCACAUUCAUCAAAUGUGUUUCCUUGUUCUGUUAGUUCCUGGAUUUAUCUGGCUUCUUUCUUUUACCGUGGUGGAGUAUUCAAAAAUUGUACCACCCAUAUAUCCACAGUCUGAGGUGGCACAUUCCAUUCCAAUCUAAAACCUCUACAUAUUAUUAUUCCCAUCAAACAUAGGUAAGUGCCAGUCCUUUCUGUAUCAAAAACAGUGCCAUCCAUGUACAGAAGGAAGGUAUUAGCUAGGGGAACCCAAAGUUUUACAGACGUACAAACAAUAUUUAGAAAUAAAGCCCUAAAACAGAGGAGGAGAACUACAAAACAGACCUAGUGAGGACUGAGCAUGCUCUACAGCCAUAGAAUGCUGACCGACUGGUUGGUAAAAACAGAAAAUGAGGUGGGAGAGAGAACGAAAUGGGGUAUUGUGGAGGAAGGCAUGGACCCACUUUUUCUCCCCUUAGUUCCCUGUACUGCUGCAGUUGUGGCGGGAGAUGAGAGAAAAAAAGUCUACAUGGUCUGGCUUCCCACAGCAGUGGGGUGGGGCUAAAGGAGAGAAAUAAGCUUUGGGUGUCAGUACCCUGUAAGGAGAGAGCAAUUGGGCAAUCUAUAGGUCGGAGGGUUGUUAACGGAGGGGGUUGGCAAGGGGUUGGGGGGUAGGCAUGGGUGGCAAGCAGUGUUAGCAGCGGCACAGCCCCUAGUACUUUAGUAAUGUCAAACAAGGAGUGUCAGUAAAGGUACCCCUGACCAUUAGGUCCAGUCGUGACCGACUCUGGGGUUUUGCGCUCAUCUCACUCUAUAGGCCGAGGGAGCCGGCGUUUGUCUGCAGGCAGCUUCCGGGUCAUGUGGCCAGCAUGACAAAGCCGCUUCUGGCGAACCACAGCAGCACAUGAAAACGCCAUUUACGUUCCCGCCGGAGCGGUACCUAUUUAUCUACUUGCACUUUGACAUGCUUUCGAACUGCUAGGUGGGCAGGAGCUGGGACCGAGCAAUGGGAGCUCACCCCGUUGCAGGGAUUCGAACCUCCGACCUUCUGAUCGGCAAGUCCUAGACUCUGUGGUUUAACCCACAGCACCACCCAUGUCCCAGUGCAGGUGCUAGACUGCAAUUAAAUAAACCCUACGCUGCCAUGAUGUGGGAAGGGGUUUGAAUGAGGCAGAGAUCUCUCUGUCCACCUCAAAACAGCUCCAAUGGCUUCUGCCCAGAGAGUGGCACCACCAACAUGCUCUGUGUGGCCACAGUAGAUAGGGUUAGGCUUAUUCUGCCUUUGUGUCAAAAGUUAAGGAAACAAUCAUAUUCACAGGCUCAAGCAUGAUGCAUUUGGGGAGGCUGAACCCCUUCCCAGAUGUCACCCUAAGCUCCUUUCAGGAAUAGGUGAUGGAGUAGGUAUUGGAAUAGGACUGGGGAGACAUAGCACCAAAUCCCUACUUGUCUAUGAAGCUCACUGAAUGACCUCGUGGCAAUGACUUUCUCUCCCUCUCUCUCUCGCCCCGCCCCGCCCCCUCACAUACGCGGUUGUAGUGAAGAUAAACUGGAGGUGGGGCAUGUGUUGUUCUUUAAACUGAUUGGACAACAAAUGUGACAACAGAUGCAAUUACUAAAUAACAUGUAUCCCAUUCUCAGUUGCUGGAGACAGGUACAGGGACCAAAGCACAGUUCUGGCUGUUUGGGUGGUAAGUGAGGGGACACUCUUUCUGCUUCCAAAGGAUUAGUCCUCAUUGUUUGUUGAAGGUUCUACACAUGAAGCAGAAACGUAUCUCACCAAAGUCAAGAAUGGGCAAAUGAUUAAACAAAAAAAAGCUCAUUUUGCUCUUCUGCCAGUUUGUACACUUAAUCUAGGAAACAGUGCCUUACAAACAACGGUGAUUGCAUUAAACAAUGAAUGUGGGAGAGAAAAGGUCAAGCCAGGACAGUGCAAACUACUUGCAGAAGAAAGUAGAAGGCGUAAGCGGAUGCUAGUUGCAGGAUUUCCAUAGAAAUGUCUUUGGCUUCCCACAACAUCACAAGAACGAUCCAAUGAUGAAAAGCCUGCAUGCGGAUAGAACAUUGGAUAGUUCAUUAUAUCAGGGGUGGGCAAUUUAUAAGUUACAAAGGGCUACACUGGAAGUACAUAAUUAGCAAGGGCUGUGUUUAAUUUGCACAUUUGAAUAUAAUUAAUGAGCAACUCGGCAUUGGUAAGACCUCAUCCGGAAUAUGGUGUUCAGUUCUUGGGCUCUAAUGCCUUGAAAAGAAUUGACAACUGCAGAAGUAUUUGGAGAAGACCAAUGUUGAUGAGGAAAAGACCAGAUGGAGGGAGUGUGUUUCUGUAGAAAUGGAGGUUGGAUGGAAUGUAUGGGUGAGUUGUAUGAGGUUGAUGGUUUUUGAAAUUUUCAAUGUGUCACAAUAAGAGGCAUAGUUUCUUGAAAGGACAAGAGACACAAUGAUUUUAUGCAAAGACAGAUUGUGGUUCAACAUUAUGAAGGUUUUGAAAUGGCCUUUCUUGGUGAUCUCAGGAAGAAGCAGGCCAGGCAUCUGGUAGGGAUGCUUCAUAUUAUCCCUUUGUCACUUUGUGUUCCACACUUUCCCUCUCAAAAGCCCAAGGAAUCGCACAUGAGGUUCCUGUUUUUAUUCCUGUAGCAGCUCUCUAAGAUAGGUUGGGUUAGGACACUAUGACUUCACCAACACCACCCAGUAAAUUUCAUGGCUGGGUGGGAUUCGAGCCUGUGUUCUGCACAUUGAACCCCUGCCCUGUAGUUCUUAUGCAACACUGGUUCUUGCAGGGACAGAGGCUGAGCUAACAGAACUACCAGUAUUAUUCUGUUCUUGCUCACAACUGGGGUUAGUUCUCAUAUGCAGCAGAUGUGGUGGUAAGCAUGUUUCUAGAUUGUACCACUUUAGACUGUAGGGUUUAUGUGAUAUGAAUGCUUCCCCAUUUAAACCAGUGGUGGCUAGUCCAGUGCUGAGGGCUUGAUGCUGCCCUCCACACAGUUUUUUUCUGCCCCCCACCCCCAAGACCGUACUGAAUUUGGCAGUGGCAGCUAUAAUAAUAAAAGUACACUCCACACUGGGGUGGACAGAGAAGUUUUAAACUCCAGCACCCUGUUGGCAUGUAAAUCACCCCCUCCCCAGUCAUCAGUUUGAUUGUUUAAUGAGCAGUGAGGGGUUCUAACCCCCUUCAGUUCAUGUAAGGUUAGGCCACAUCCAUUGUUGACAUGCAACCCCUGAAGGCUUAGCAAAGAGUGAAUGCAGCCUUUAGCCAAAAAAUUGUUAGCCACACACCCCUAGUUAAACAAUAUAAAAAGCUGAGCUACAUACAUACAGAAGAUGAAUAAUAGAAUCAUAGAAUUGUAGAGCUGGAAGGAUAAAGCCAGACUAGAUCCAUACACUCUUGACAUCUAGCUUUCUAGGAAAUAUGUUUUUCUGACUUUGCCUUUACCUUCUAUGAGGAGCUACUGUGGAGGGUGCUGGAAUCAAGCAGGAACCACAGGCAGAUUCUGUUCCCUCCCCACUCCACUCAUGAAAAUGUUCCAAUGGCCAUUGUUAACUUUUUGGUUCCUACUGAGAUUAGCAUGUGUGUGUUUUUUUCUUAGCCUGCUGUGUAUCUUAAAGGUCAGUAAAAAUACUGUAGUUGGUUUGACUUGUUUAUAAGAUGCAGUCGGAUAGAAAUGUUAAAAACAUUACUAGCUAUUUAAACGAGAGGAGAAGCCAAGGGUUUAUUGAUCCAUGAAAGCAUUUGCUUUUACUAAGAAGUGAAGCCAGUCAGUCUUUAUUUUAUUUUAUUUUAGUAUAUGGGCAGUUCUUCAGAAGAAACUUUGCUACUUUGAAGCAGCAAAAUAUCAUAUAUGUUAAAACCAAUCUGAUGCUUCUGAUUAAUGGGGAAGAGGAAAAGUGGGACAUUCUGGGAUGGCUUCUGUAAAUCCAGGACUGUCCCUGGAAAAUAGGAGGGUCUGCAAUAAUUCUAAUUUUAAGAUAUUGCACGCAAGAAUCAUAUUAUGUUGAGAUAAUGCUUGUGUUCUUAGCAGAACUGCUCCAUGCUUAUACUCACUGCUGUGACUGUCAGUGCUCUUUCCCCACUUUAGGCAAUCACCACAAUCACCAACUUAGUUUGUGCUACUGUGAGCCAAUAGUUGCUGUACCUCAUGGUAUUUAUUCUUCCUGUGUGCAUCCCAUUCUAAAGAUCUACCCAAAUUCUUUCUCUUUAUGCUUUUCUUCAGCCAGCACCCCUUUGUCACGUCCAGGUUCACUAACUGUUUAUGCAACAAUAUCUGUGUUGUACUAGCUGGCUGUUGCCACUCUAUACAAUAUGUCUGGGAGCUGCUUUGAACUUCCAUUUAUAGUUAUUUUACUGGCAAUCUUUCAUCUUCUUUUACAUUUGGCUUCUGGGAGCAUCAAAGUCUUUUGUAAUGUUUUGGUUCAUAUCCUGCCAGUGACAAUCAAUUAUUCCCAUGUUUGCUGUCAUUCAUAUUCUGUCAUAAGGUUCCCAAGCGAUAUGUACUUGCAGCUCUUUGUGAAUAAUUGUAGACCACAAACAUGACGACUGUGUACUGAAUGUACAGAAAGUCUGCUCUGCAAAAUUUGAACUUCCAGUAAAUAUUAUUGUUGACCCAAAAUAGUGGAUUUGGGAGGCACUUCCCAAAAGCUUGCCACAUGUAUUAAUCUGGCAGCAAAGAAGUGGGAGUAUUUUUGCAGCCAAAACCUUACAGCAGUUCUCCGUUCUGAGUAGCAAGCCCAUUGCUGCGAGUUUUGAUAUUCACACCAGCAAACUUAUAAGCGUGGAUUGCAUGCAUAUGUUUUUAAAUAUCUGUGUUCAUGCGUCUGGGAACCCUAAGUGGGCAAACAGUUUCUCUUAAAUUUUGAAACAGGGUUUAUGUUUAAAAAUGAUUUGGCAAGGCAAAUGAAAACUCUGCUCUAACGUGCUCUCUAGUUUUAAAACAGAUACAGUACAGUGAUGAUGUUGCAUAAAUUUUUGAGAUGCUGCAAGAUUUGAGGGGUGUGUGUUCAGGGACAGGGGACAUCCAUGCUGGAAAUGAGUUUUCCCCAGUCUUAUUUUCUAAAAUAGAAGGUGCUGAUGUCCAAUCCCAUCUGGAAGCUGAGCCUCUAAUCCAUCUCUGGGGAACCUGUGGUCCUCCAGAUGGUGUUGGCUCCAAUUCCCCUUCAUCCUUGACCAUUGACUGAUGGCUGGGGUUGAUGAAAGUUGGAGUCCAACAUCAUCUGGAGGACUACAGAUUUCCCAUCUCUGCUGUAAUACUAAUAGUGUAAGGAUUCAAGGCAGCUUCUCAGUGGUGAAAGACAAAAAGUCACAUACUUGAGCCCAAACCUCAUGUGAUGUUGGAGAUCAGAGGUUGCGGGAUACACAGUAUUAAAUGAAUAAAUACACGCACACACCCCAAUAUUAAGCUGUUCCCUGUGGUGCCUGUGACUUCUCUUACUUGUAAAAGUUACAGUUUUGUAUAUUCAUCCUUAUAAUGCCAGCAGGAACCUACAAGCAAAUAAAACCUUUCUGCCUUGUUAUAGUUGGACUAAUAACACUAAGGUAGGUUGGUGAACUUUUUCUUAAAAUACAGUACAGCUUUAGAAACCAAACUCAAAUCACAUUUGUUUGACAUGCAGAUCUCAAAAUUCAGCCUUGACCUGCAGGGAGCAGCUGUUUUUGCUCUACGCUCUCCUUUUUUUUGGUUGCUUAAGGAAGAAUUUUACAUGCUCAUAAUGGUACGAGGUGAAAAGAGAACUGUCCCCCCCCCCCACAUUCCUGGUUUUGGCAGAAUCUGUCCUUGAAAAUUCCUUAAUCUAAAAGUGCUCAAACGUAUCCACACACCCCUCACUUCUCUCAUCUUUGCUUCACCAGUUUAAUUCUUCCCUUUGUUACCCUAAUGUGUUGGGGUGUAGUUUUGUAGCUUGUAAUAGUAUUAUGUAAUAAUUUUAUAAUCCACCUGAGAUCCUGCCCAGCAUAUGGUUUUGGAGAAGAGUUGUGUACUAUUUUCCUUUUCAUUGCUUAUUGUUAGCGAGGGUUGGGUGUUUUGUUUUUUUUAAUCAGUAAAAUCACACGGCCCUCCUGCAUACGUCGCCCCCACCCAGACCGCACUGGCUGAGCUCCAAUCUCUACAGAAUGGCUGUAAAAUGCUCCUAUCCUUUGUAACAGAGCCAGACUUUUAGUGGGUUGCCUUUGGCAGUGCUGUAAAAGGCAACACCAAGUGCAAGGCAAAGAUGAGUCAGGCUGAGAAAGUCUCCACUAGAUAGAUUUUCUUGGUGCAGUAAAGGUUUUCUUCCUCAUAGAACAUGAAAAGGGCUAGCAGGGAGGCUAGAAUCUCAAUCACCACCCCUCCUCCUCAAAUCCUACCCGAAAAUGUGUGUGUCCAUCCUCUGCCUUGCCUCCCAGGUCACACAGCUGGUCCCUGUCACUGAUAAGGACUUGUUCCUGGCACUGGAAAUGCUAGCAGUUGUCCUCUUUCACACAAGGAAGUAAUUGAACAAAUCCUUUAGCAACAUCACGCAUGCACACUUGGCACUCCAGUCUGCCUCUCUUCUGCCCUCUUCCAAUAUGGAAUGUGGAAGGGAGCUCCUUUUCAACAUGGUGCUUGCAAGUGGCGGAGUGAAUGAGCAUAUGUUUUAAAUCCAAAUCCUCCCCAGUUCUGAACGAUUUUAUCACCACCAUGGGCAAAAUAUUUAAAAAUCAACUCCUUUCUUGGUUGUUGCUCCGAAACUUUCAUUAUGAGAAGGGGAUAUUGACAGCGAUAGCAUUUAUGCAUUGCCUGCGAAAGGUCCCAGGUGCAGUUCUUGGUAUCACCUGGUAAAAAGGAUUGUUACCAGCUGAUAGGAAAUAUCUUUGUCAGGGAUCCUGCAGAGCUGUUGCUGGCCAGAGUAGACUGCACCAGCUUAGAUGGGCAAAUUGUCUGGCUCAAUAUAAGUUGGCUUCCUAUGUUUCAGAAUCUUCCAACCCUAUGUUGGCUCACUGAUAUUGUCAGGCCCAGUUUCCGUCUCCCACAUGUGCCAUGUGCCACAUUUGUCUUAUAGAAAAUGAAAAACCAACAGUGUGAUAACUGCUGCUGGGAAGCUGGUAAUACUGCAUAUCAUUUUGCACAGUGUGUUUGACAUUUUAUUAAUUCCCACAAAAACUAGAAAAAAACACACAAAAUUUGGGAUUUCUUUAUUCUUUUGCUGCCACUGGGACAAUAAAGGCAUUAGUGACCGUGGAUUUCCAUAGUGUCUGAGAGGACUCUCUCUUGGCAUGCCUAUCUCUAGUGCUGUGGGACAAAGCUCAGAAGAAAGAGAAAUCUGCACAGGUAGGUGGAGCAUGGUGCACACAACUUAGAGUAUUUGAGAAGCUAAGCUUGGAUAAUAACUCUUAUGUCUCUAGCCUCUAGCUACUUAUAUCUUUAAGAAUUUUAUCCUGAAUAUUGGAUUAACAGCAAAGCCGCAGAUUGUAGAAAUAUGAGGCGCCAACUAGUGCAGCAAUUCCUUUCGUGGCAGGAGAUGAAUGUACUUCUCCCGUUUUCACAGGUAUUAACAGCAAAAGGUUUAAGCUUCAGUUUCCAUUCAUGCAUGAUUUCAGAGCUGACCCCUACAGCCUGCAUUUCAUAUGUUCUCCAUAGCAAUGUUUUAUUUGGCAGCGACCACAUGGGGAGGACUCGAGGGAACCAGAAUGCACUAAAACGAAAUAGCUUGAUGCAUGGGUCCUUUGGGAAGAGAUGGGUGUAACUUUAAAGGAGGUUUUCCCUCAUUAGCAUACUGAACUCUGGUUUCUGCUGCUGGCUGUGGUGGAAAAGACUAUGUGAACGGCCUACGUCUUGGCUAAGGCUCCCUUUCCUCACAAACUUCAGAGGUGAAUGUGCGGGGAAUCUUGCACAGCUUUUUCUAGUGGGCCGAAUUGACGCCAUUGCAGUAGUGCUCUGUGCUGAAGAGGGAGUCCUGAGAUUUUAUCUGAAGAUAUGGUCAAGUCACUUCCCUCAAAAGCUUGCUGCUUAUAUUCCAUGCUAUGAUAAGGUGAUUUGAAGUGUAAGAUUUAAAGGGACCUUUCCUGGGGUGUGUCCACACACACACACCCCUAAAAAAAAUGCUUUGUUGACAUAAACGUACCUGUUUUACAAGGAAGGAGAGUGCUUCAAGAGAGCCCAGCAUGUCAAAAGCCCUGACAAUCAGCUGGGAUCAGUUCCACUAUGGGAGUCCCUAUAGUGCAGCUGAGGGGGCAGAAGGAGGCUACUUGGACUCAAAGCACUUUAAAUCCAAGCCACUUUCUGUGGAAAGAAAGAAAAAAAUACUGCAUUUUAAAACAGCAUAUAUUUCUUUCCCUUUCCAGAGGAAGCAGUUUGUAUUCAGUGCACUGGAGAAAGCACUUUGAAUGCAUCUUAUUUCUCUGCAGAGAGGAAAAUGACCCAUUUUUAGGAGCAUUUCCCCCUCUGCGUGGACUUCAAAGGGGCCCCAUACAACCAAUGAUCAUCUGAUCAGUGUUUACAGGGAGGCUAUGUGAAGGCAUGCUCCAAGGACCAAUCAGCUGGCUGGCACUGAAAGAUCUGCUGCUCAACACUUCCAGUACCUUUCUUUGGAGAUGUGUUUUCAUCGCCAAAUACAUCCACCUGUCAGCCUCCAGGGGGCAGGAGAAAUAAGGCCUGCCUGGUGGAUUCACUUCCUUAGCCCUUUUUAAGAUGCUCAGCUGGUGAAAUUAAAGCCUAGUUUAUAAACUUGGCUUAACAGUACAUGUGAACCAGGUUACUUUUCUAUUGCUGGAGUUGAAGUAAGAUUCAGCUUCCAGUCCAAUGAGCUUCUAUAUGGUGAAUGGCAUUGGAGAGCACCAUUUUGUCAGCCUUGGGCAACAAAAUGUAUUGGGUCAGCUAUGGUUCUGGGGGCUUUGGGUGAGACUUCUGGCCUAUUUGGGAUUAGCACCCACCAAACACAUUGAUCUGUAUGAGUUCUUGGAAGCAUAAGAAUAUCUACAGCUCAAAGUUGUCAGUCCUUAGUUUCAUGUUGGAUUUGCAGUAACACUGCAGUCCUAUACAGUGGUACCUCUGGUUAUGAACUUAAUUCCUUCCAGAGGUCCGUUCUUAACCUGAGGUACCACUUUAGCUAAUGGGUCUCCUGCUGUCACCGUACUGCUGGCGCGCGAUUUCUGUUCUCAUCCUGAGGUAAAGUUCUUAAUCCGAGGUACUACUUCCAGGUUAGCGGAGUUUAACCCGAAGUGUUUGUAACCCGAGGUGUUUGUAACCCCAGGUACCACUGUACACAUUUACCUAGGUGCAGCACUCAUUGAAUUCAGUGGGAUUUACUUCUGGGUAGACAUGCAUGUGGUUGUGCUCUACGAGACAAAUUACAAAGAAGUAACUGUGUUAAGGCAUGCAACAAAAAAUAAAAGGGCCUAUGACACUUUAACAAAAUUGUGGCUGAUGCAUCUGGCAAAAGUGUCUUACAGUAUUACAGGCUUAUUGCUGUAAUACAUUUGUUAGUUUUUAAGGUGCCAUAGUCCGAACAUUCCAAAGCACCACUUGCUUUUUGUUUGUUGUUUUCCACUAAAGGAAAAUCAGUACAACCUUAUGGUGGGGGGGAGGUCUUUCGAGUUUUCAAAUGGAUCCUCUGCUGCCAAUUGUUUGAGCUAUUGAAGAACUGUGUUUUUGAGCUUUCUUAAAUGUCAGCCACUAGAGAAGGGCACCACAUGUUUCCGAGCAUGUUAAGCUGAUGUUUACUUUUUGUUUCCCCUGUCCUCCCCCACCCCACAACUCCCUCGUGAGUGUUAAUAAGCUGCAGGGUUCACCCAGAAGAUUGUGCUGUUCUUUGCACCACUGUAUGAAGCUUGGGAAUGUUCUAUUUUUAUCUUUAAAGACAUUGGCCAGGAUGUGACAAAAGCUCAUCUGGAAUAAGUAAAGGUUUUUUUUUUCUUCCAAUUGUGGGGCUGUGACUUUUCCAGAUAAAGAGAAAAUUUCUAACUGUAAAUGGGAGAGGCCCAUUGCUCUGUAAGAACACCAACUGCCCUUUUUGCUAAAGUGGAUUAUGUUUCUCGCAUGAGAUACAUGGGUGGUGUCCAGAUUGGCACAUAUGUUUGUGGGUGCGUUACUUUUUGGAUUUCUUCUUUGGGGGUUAGGUAUUAUUUGGCUUGGGAGCUUUCUUUCCCCCCUUCGUGAUGUUUCUGGGUUUAAUUUAGAUUUUCUCCUAAUUGUUUUGCUUUCAUGUGUUGUGUUUAUCAUUUUCCUGCUCAGUUUCUUUUUUAGAUUCCGAAAACAGUUUCUGCAUGAGUGCAUCAUCCAUGACAUAUGUCAUCAGCAGGUGGCUCUGACAAAUGGCAACAAUUAGAAAUGGGGCGCUCUCUGGGAAAGCUUGUGAACCCCCUUCCUGGUGUGGCUUCCUGCAGUAUCUGCAAAGUGUGGAUCUUGUGAUUCAUAUACCUCUACUCUGUACAUACAUGGAGCACAUCUGCAUUUAAUUUAGGAAUGUGCAUUUUCAAACAGAAUCUAGAUGCAAUGGCUUUCAAAAAUAGUUAUUUAUAAAUUGGAAGCCACAUCUUAAAGACUUUGUUCAGCCAACUCUCCUAAAAUAUAAAUGACAAGAGCAUCUUCAGAUGAGUCCCACUCUAGAGCUUGCCUUGAAUGUGCACAUGGCUAGUGAGGAAUGCAGAUGUUAUCCCCUAAAGAAAGGUAUAGUUUGGAACAAACAAGAGGGAGUUCUUUAUAAUGCCAUAGAUGCAUAUACUGUCUCUCACCAUGUGAAAUGGAAGCUGUUGGGCUACAUAGGAUAAUAGUUGGAUUGAGUAAAUAUGCAGUGUAUGCCCCUAGGUCAGGGGUCUGCAACCUUUAAGACAAAAAGAGCCACUUGGACCCAUUUCCGAAGGAAAAAAAACUGGGAGCCGCAAAACUCGUCAUUAUAAAAAUAACUUUUUUGUCACUUUUUUAAUUAUUUCUUUGUUUGACCCCUCAGAAUUACUCCUCCUCAUAGAAAUAAAUGUUAAAUUAACAAGUUACCUUUUUGUGUGUGUGUGUUCUUCACUCCCCUUCAAAACAGUGACCAGCAUACAUGCCCCCUUUCAAUGCAGUGACCAGCGUACAUGCCCCUUACAAUGUAGCGGGCGGGCGGGAAGGUGAUGUCGGGACGAUGCGUGACUAACGCACGCACCACCCCCAUGCGACGUCACAGCCAGUACAGCGCCCGCCACAGUGGGGAGUGUCGGGGCGCACAAUGCGCCUCCUCCCCUCGCUAGUAUCCGCCCCGGAGCCGCGGCAAAGGUGUAAAAGAGCCACAUGCGGCUCCGGAGCCGCGGGUUGCAGACCCCUGCCCUAGGUGAUCCUAGGCUAUCUCCAACUUCAGCUGAGUGUGCUUAAGCUACAUUCCUAAGCACAUUUGUGUGGAAGUACAUGCUGCUAGAGCUUAUUUCCAAUGAAGUGCACUUAGGACUGAAGUUUUAGUUUGUCAUUUAAAACUGUGAAGGAUGAAGAGAGACAUCAGAAGGUGGCUAUCUGGAGACGCUGCGGAUUCAAUCAGGGAUAUUCUGCAUGCAAACCAGAUGCUCUACUACUGAAUUGCAUCCUUUCCCCUUUGAACUUAUAUCCUUCCAUAUUUUGACUUGGUAUCGCUUAAGUUCCCCUGUAUAUGCAUAUAAAACUGAUUUCCGCCCAUGACUACGGGCAAGAAAUGAAUGAGCCAUCUUGUGAAUGCAUGAGCCUUUCCUGAACCCCAGCUUUGCAGCAGUGGCAAAUCAAACUACUCCCUGCAUUAUCUGUUGUAGUCGGAGGACAAGGCUUGGUAGAACCUUCUAAUAACUCAAGACAUGCAAAGCAUUUUCAAAUGACAAACUAAAAACUCAAGCCUCCUUUUAAAGUAAACGCCACUGAAAUCAGCAGCACUUACUUCCAUGUAAAUGUGCUGAGGCUCUCAUUGGCUGUUUGCUGUGACAUCCUCGUUUUGUUUUGUUUUCUGUGGACAUGCUCCUGGCAUCUAAAUAACCUGGAUUGCUUUGAAAAAUCCCAACUAGCUUUAGGCAGCUCUUUCUGAAAAUCUUGGCCUCUGCUUCAUCCCAUAUUGCUUUAAUAAUAGGAAGAAUGUUCCCAUGUGGACAUUAAAAGGUUACUAAGAAUUUAUGAAACAGUAAUCUUAUUCCCCUUAGUCAUGGCAAUAACUCAACAUGUGUUUACACAGAAGGGUUUGCCUCGUACAAAAUGCUGACCUGAGGGGUUGCUAUACCAAAUUCUUCAGCAAUAUGCUCCGGUAAGCUCUAGCCCUAGCAUCAAGAACAUGUAGAGGUUAGAGGGUUUUUUUGUUUUUCAUUCUCCCUGCAACCCAGCUGGGAAACAAAGCAACAGUGAACUGCAAUGUGUGAAAAAAUUCUUGGGCUUACAACCUUUUUUCAGGAAAUGUGUAUGUUGAUCAGUUUGAGUAGGAAUGUCAAAAAGGGUCACAAGCAGUGUGAAUUUGUUAACUUUUGAGGUGGUUUUGCAAUCCUUCCCUUACAGAGGUUUUUGAGCCAUAUAGAACAAAACCUCUGUUGCUUGCUGGUGAGAUAAUUCAACACUUAUUUUAACCAUCUGGAUGCAGGGCCCGUUAAUAUUUAGCAGCUAUGAUUUUCAGUUAGCAAAUCUAGAGGUUCUCUGGGCUAGUCAUAUCCACACUACAUUUAAAGAACUCUUAAACUACUUUAAGAAUCCCAGAGAAUUCUGGGAACUGUAGAAUUGUGGGUACUGUAAGUCUGUGAGGUCAGCACUCUUGAUAAACUUCAGUUCAGUUUUGUGAUAAGAUUGCUCUCAAAGCUCUUAAACUUCAUCUUAUGUAGAACUUCAUUGGGACUUAUUUGCAUGAAAAUAUGUUGCCAUACUCUCAGAUGCAUCCAUAAUUGAAACUGCCUUAUUUUCCUUGCAAGAAUUGGAGAUACAUACCUGGUACGAGUGGUAAUCCUUUUUGAGUGGAGAAACAGGCCAUGUUAGGGCGUUGUAGGGUCAUUUAAACAGACUAUUGAUAGAUGAAAUAAUAAGGGCUAAAAACCUCUUGUUUUUCUUGUAAAUGAAUCUCCUUUCAGCUACAUUCCUGCCCAUUGUUCACCCUCCACCACCAACCAUGAAUUCUAUUCCUCUACUAUAAAAACUGAAAAACAACAAAAGCUCGUUGUCUUUCAGUGCCUUACAUGAUUUUGUUCCAAUUAUAAAUUUGACAGGGCCAGUCUGAUGAACUAAUCCCAAUGGGAUUCCAUUUUUGUUUUGAGUCAUAAAAUGUACAGUGGUACCUCAGAUUACAGAUGCUUCAGGUUACAGACGCUUCAGGUUACAGACUCCGCUAACCUGGAAGUAGUACCUCAGGUUAAGAACUUUACUUCAGGAUGAGAACAGAAAUUGUGUGGCGGCUGCGCAGCGGCAGUGGGAGGCCCCAUUAGCUAAAGUGGUACCUCAGGUUAAGAACGGACCUCCGGAAUGAAUUAAGUUCUUAACCAGAGGUACCACUGUAGUCUUAAAAUCUGUCCAAUUGAUGCUCAUAAAUUGUGCCAGAAGUGAUAUUGGCGCUUCCAUCUUUUGCCUAUGACAGUUCCAUUUCUUUGAGCCAAAAUGGUUCCUUCCUUACGACGUUUGAUAAAAUCUCUCAUGACCUCAAUGACUUCUAAGAAGAAUGCACUUGUAUGUUUUCUCAUGACUUCAGAGCUCCCUCUCUGUCUCUCUGCCAUCCACACUGCAGGUAAGCCCUGCUUGGGUGCUCAGACUACUUGUGUGUAAGGAAACAUGCAAGGGGAAGUCCACUGCCAAGUCCCAUUCCCUCUCAGUCAGUUUUGAUCCUUCCAUAAGCUUGAGGGGUACACUGCUCUAUUGUACUUAAUGCUGAGCUCUCCAAGCAAUUUAGAAGCCCUGAAUUUUCAGGGUUCUGAAUCAUGUGGUGAGUCUCUACAAGUAGAGCUGACUCCAUACUUCAGACCUUCACCCUCAAAUUCAUUGUGGAUGGUAAACUCAAUGAAGGUGUUGUAGGCUUACCCAGCACACAUCCCUUCUUCUCCUUUUGUGCUUCCUUACCUGGAUUCAGUUUGGGCUUCGUACAUAUACAGCAAGGGUGGGGAACCUUUUGCAGCUCAAGGGCCACAUUCCCAUCCAUACAAUCUUCCGGGGGCCACAUCCCAGUAGUGGACAGGGCCAGGAUCAAAAGUGGGUGGCGCAGCACAUGUUGACUUACUCACACAUCCUUCUCGAGACUCCUUCUUGGCAAGCAAGAAACAUUAUCAAAGACACAUUCUAACCAGACACAACAUCCAAAGAAGGACCGGUGUAGGAUGUGCCAUGGUAAUGGAAGUGUGUCUGCGAAGGGUUGUGUUGCCUGGAGAGAGUUCCAAGCAUGGGCAUAGCCAGGAUUUAUUUGGGGGGGGGAGGCUUUAUGUUGGGGGGCAGAACUGAGUUAUUUGCAAUGCAAUUGGUCAGUUAAGUAUUUUUAUUUAUUUUCUUGAUUGGGGGAGGAAGCUGCCCCCCCUGCACCUCCCUGGCCACAUCCAUGGUUCCAAGGGCCAGAUAGAAAAGUCUGGAAGACUGCAUUUGGCCUUCAGGCCUGAGGUUCUCCAUCCCUGGUGUAUAGCAAAGUUAAGAACCAAGUCCACAUGGUGAAAGGGUGACUUUGCAGACUUUGGAAGAAUGUUUAGGCAUUCGUAGAGUUCAUUCAUGCUGGGCCUGUGUGUGGGAAGUAGCUUUGUUAAGCCGCUGGCAAGCUAGUCCACAAUUGAAUGGCAUGGAGUUGAGAGCCAAUGAGACAUGAUUGUUCUCACUGCUGAGCUAGAACAAAGUGCCUAGGAUUUUGGUAGGGUGUUGAACUCUCAUAACUUGUGCAUGUUUUAUUGCUUUUUUUAUUCUUUUGUUCAUGCAUUCUGUUUCAAAGUUUUAUGCUGCCCUUCUGGUGAAAAAGCACCAGUCAAGGCAGCUUGCAGCAUUUAAAAUUUAAAUAUCAGGUCAGCAAUAUAUAAAAUAAUCAACCAAGGAGACAGCUUCAGGUGUUAAUGUCAAGCAUAAAUAUUAUCUGUCUCAUCAAAUAAAAUCCUGCCAGAGCAAAAUGGGUCUUUUGUGUCCAUGCUUCACAGGACAAAGUGCUUCAUAAACAAGGUGGAGCCCUCUCUCAUCCCAUUCAUCCUUUCUUCCACCCAAGGUGAGCCACAGAAGUCUCUCUUUAGGAGCAGGCAGGAAGAGACAGCCCCCAAGCCUAAGGUCUCCUGAUCUAAACCAUUUAGGGCUGAUGAUCACCAACACUUUGUCUUAUUCUGGAAACCAGAUUGGUAACCAGUGCAGCUACUGCAGAAUGGUGUCAUAUGAUCUCAUGUUUGUGUGCCCAGCAAUAUCUUUGUAGCUGCAUUCUAAACCUGAUGAAGCUACCAAAGAUUUUCAAACAUUAGCCCUAUGUAGAUGUAUUAUCCGUGGUUCCUGUAGUUGCAUCUAACAUCAAAAACCUUAUGACACAAGUACAAGAAUUAGGACUGCAGUGCAUGCCUACUCAGAAGUAACUCCUACUGAGUUCCAUGGGGCUUACUCCCAGGUAAGUGUGACUAGGAUUGCAGCCUUAAGCAAUUAGCUGGUUAAAGAUUUUUUUCAAAAAAAAAUAUUGCAGACCCCUAAGAAAACAAACAAACAAAAAUGUUUAAAUACCGUUUACAAAAACUUUCAACAGUGGUGCAUCUAGGGCUGGACAUCAGGGACCAGGUUCAGGGAUCUGCAGCCCAAAUGACUGCCCAGGGGGCAAUAAAUGAUAGGGCAGUUCUUGGGCUGGCAUGGACGUGCCAGGGUCAGGCAAGGGUGUGGCCAGGCAUGUAUAUGGUCACAAAUGCUCAUUUUUAUUUUUAUUUACUUUUAAAAUACUUUAAGCAUUUCUACAACACGGGCAAAUGUGCUUAGCAUUAAGGAAGCAGAAACAAACCCUAAGCACAUUUGCCCGUGUUGUAGAAAUGGUUAAAGUAUUUUAAAAGUAAAUAAAAAUAAAAAUGAGCAUUUGUGACCAUAUACAUGCCUGGCCACACCCUUGCCUGACCCUGGCACGUCCAUGCCAGCCCAAUGGCGAUGCUAUGUCUUAAGUGAGUUCAAAAUGUGAAUUCGCAUAUGCUCAGAGUAUCUAUAAAUGGUAGGCAAACUGCUUUUUCAGUUACUUUUUGCUGUAUCAUAAAUGUAGAGCCUGGAAUGGAGAUGGUGGUUUGGGAGGGAAAUGACAUAUUAACUGUGUGUUUCACAACUGAAAUAAUACACAUGGUUGUUUAAGCCCCAACCUUGUCAUAAGGCCAUCAAAUCCAGGGUCUAAAAUUACCUACCUAUGAUGUCCAGAGCAUUGUCUUUGAGAGAGGCAUCCUCCCUUUUCUCUCGCAUAGGUGGGAAUGCCUCUUCUAAGAAGAUGACUGCUAUUGCUGAGCUUAAGCAGUCAUGCAUUCCUCCAGUCAACAGAGGGCAGGGUUAAUACUAACAGAUAGGGAAGAUGCAGUUCCUAAGCUCAGCACCUGCCUCCUCUGUGUUUUUUCUCUCCUCCUGCAAAAAGCCAUGAAACUAUCUCUCACGAUUGUAGGCUUAGAAUCCAAAGCCAUCCAUGUGCACAUGAAGUAACUGUUAAGUAAAGAACCUUUUUUUUCUUUACCUAUGGGACUCUGUGCAUUUUUUUAUCUUAUUAUGCAAUGCUAGUGAUGUGUGAAUGAGACAGACGAUGGGUGGUGAGUUAGCUUCUGCUUCCAAACUACUUCUACUCUGCUAAAUAUGUAUGUGUGUAUAUAUAUAUAUAUAUAUAUAUAUAUAUAUAUAUAUAUACAUAUAUACAUACUAUAAGGCAACAACUUUUAUUUUUUGAAACGUAUUAGUAAUGUCACAGGUGUUCCCCUAACAAAACUAAUGAUUCUUGCUUCAGAAUGAUUAUUUUUCACUCAUAUGCAUAUUUAAUUGAUGAAUUGACUAAAACUCCUAUUAUUAAUUGACCAAGUGUCAGAUCCAGGCUUUGCCGUGCUUAAAACAUGAGACAUUGAUUUCAAUGGGUCGACUCUAAUGAUGGCUAAGUUUGCAUCUAGUGCUAGGGUUUUUUAAUUGGAUGGUAGCCCCAAGAGGAAAGUCAUGUUGGUUGGUUGGAGCUGGCCCUUACUGAGACAGCUUCUGGUAGCCAACCAAUGCUCUUCAAGGUGCUCCUCUUCCAAAGCAGAGCACAUGCAGGUUUCAUGUUGCUUGUGUUAAUCUGCCUUUAAUCUGUUUUACAUCUGCAGAGGGACUGGACUCUACCUUCACUUUGCUGUGCUCUGCUGUACAAUGAUGCUGUGAUUCGCAGGCUCUGCUUAGAUUCCAAGCCCAUGACUGGCCACUCACGCAUAUACACAAAGCAUUAUUUGAAUUCAGAGUUUGCUCACCAGAGUGAAACAGCCUCCUCUCCUCACCUCCCCGCCUCCCAAUGUCACACCUGCAUCUCAGACCACAUUCCAUCCACAAACAAGGCUUUAGCUUCUUUCCCCAGCAGAAUUUUCCUGCUCCUUUCUGUACAGGCCAGAGUUCAGAAGGUUUGUGGUUUCUUCUCAUUCCAGAGAAGUGAGCGAUCCUUGUGUGCACAUGGAACACGAAGGAGUUACCAAGCCAGAGGGGGCUUCCUGGGGGUGGGGGCAAAGGACUAACUUGGGCUUGGGUUUCUCUUGUGAAAUGCUCCUUUCGGUGGUAAGCAAGGCACCGCUUGCAAAAAAACAAAAAAUGUUGGCAUGCCGCACAUGGGGGCUCAUUAUUACUAAUUCCCUGCCUGCUUUGGAAAAUGCUACGGUAAAGAGAAAGCUGUCGACAAAUGCUUUGCAGCAUAGCCUCGCCAAACUCAAUGGAACUUGUGGUUUAACUUAGGAACCCUCUAGUUUCUAGUCUUAGAAUUGUCCUUGCCAACUUUGGAGUCAAAACUCUGCUGCUUGACCAGAGAGGUACACACUACAGAAACUAUAAUAUGCUUAAUUUACUAGAUGAUAUACUAAUAAAAGCAAAUCUGAAUCAGCAGCAAGAUGGAUGCCUUAGGUGACACAAUUUGAAAGGGAUGAUAAGGAUAUCGUCUCCAAAGCUGCUGUGGGACCAGCUUUGCACACAGGAGCCCGCAUCAAGACUGCAGUGGCUGCAGUUAAAGCUUAAUACCUUGCAUGAAGGCAUCUGCAAAGCAACUCGCCCCUAGAGCAGGGGUGGGGAAGCUGUGGCCUUCCAGAUAUUGCUGGACUGCAGCUCCUAUCAUCCCUGGCCAUUGACCAUGCCAGCUUGAGCUGAUGGAAGUUGGAGCCCAGCAUCCGUAGGGAUGCAGCUUACUUCACAUGAUACAAUCAGAGUCAUUCAGUAGUGAGGGAAGGAGCAAAAAGGAGCAAGAGACCUUUUUCAAUCUGGUUCUUCAAAAAAAUGCCCCUCCAACCCAAUUGGGACAUAACCCAAAUCGAUCAACUGUGAUCUGGCUGUGGGCCCAGAAAAAUGGAUGUGAUAAUCACCCUUCUUGAACUGCAGCAGUUCAGAAUGAAGGCAAGAGAUUGCAUGAUCAAAUGCUCCCUGUCCCAUUGAAAUCUUAGCAGGCUGAGGAAUAUGAUUCCAUUCCAGGUAGUUUUUUAAGCAUUCAAAUAUGCAGUCAACAAUAGCAUACUGAGCUGUAAAGUCAAAUGAGGACUGUGCUGGAUUACUUCUCUGAAUGUGUAGAUGUGGAAAAUUCUAUCUAUUACUGCUCUGCCUCCCGUCUCUGUUGUGUCAGUCACAAAUGUUGCAGGCUCAGGAUAUGAUAUUAAUCAACAAAGGUGUAUAAAUGGGGUGAAACAGUCCAGUGUAGUAAGGAAGGAGGGAUGGCAUCCUGCCCGCAAGGGUUUUGAUUUUAAGAGAGGGAGUGGUGUCUCUCCUGCUCCAGCAGAGCUGCUCGUGUAUAUAUACCCCGGUGUCUUUACCUUGACCAAAGAAGCAGUAAAUAACCUCCUCCAUCUCCUAGUCCCUUCAGAAUAAACCCUUUUGCCUCUUUAACAUGAGGAAGUGAAUAGUAAGUCCUGCUGCCUUGUGAGGUGAGUGACCCAAACGAACUGCACCCUGUUUGUUCAAAUCACUGUGGCUGCCGCAGUUUUCUCAGCUGUUCCUCCUUCCUUUGGCCCAUCUCCGGCAGGAGAACAGGGCAUGGCUUGUUCUGCCUCCUUUCUCAGAUCCCUUGGCCAUGGCUCUCAAGCCCUCAUGUGCAGCAAGCAAGUGGCAGGGGUGGAGAGAGUGGGAAGGGGGGUGUUUGAAAGGAGAGGCAGUUCCCUGGAUUAUUUUUUUGGCACACAGUUUUUCAUCUACAAGCUAGAAGGGUGGUGUGCCUGCAUUUUAAAGGCUAGGAGGGGGAACACGUACUUAGAAAAAGAAAACUUUCUAAAGUGUGAGGCAGAUUAUGGGGCAGAUCCUUCCUGAAUUUUUCUGCCGUCUCUGCAUCCUUUUUUUAAAAUCAUCAGUGGAAGGCAUGCAAGAGAACAAACAACCUUCAUGCAUAGCAAUGUUUCUACCCUCUGCACAAAGUCAGGGCCCACAAGUUCAAUUUAAUUCAAAUCCCCUGAUUGUUUACCCUUUUUCCUUUUUCACCAUGCCUCACUUUUUCUCCUGUCAAGGUCAACAACAAUGGGAUCAUUUCAUUUUUGAAAGAAGUGUCUCAGUUUACACCAGUGGCUUUCCCCAUCUCCAAUGACCGGCGUGUGGUUGCUGCUUUCUGGGCGGACGUAGAUAACCGGCGUGCAGGCCAAGUGCAUUACCGGGAAACUAAGGACCAAGCCAUUUUGAUGAGGGCCACUAAGGACAUCUGGCAAUAUUUCCCAGAAUUCCCACAGUUCUCUGCCCAAUGGGUAUUCGUGGCCACUUGGUACCAGGUCACCUUUUUUGGAGGAAACUCGCUUUCUCCGGUAAGUGGUGAAUGAUGUUGGCGUUGGGUAUUGGAUAAGGGGGCUAUUUUCCAUAGUGGAUAUUGGGAUAACCAAUGUGGUUGAAUUACAACUCACAUAAUCAUUGGCCAUGCUGUCUGGGACUUACGGGAGCUGUAACCCAACAACUUCCGGAGGGCACUAUGUCAGCUAUCCUUGAUGUAUAUUCUAUUUCAUGUUUUACAGUUGCAGAGUACAAUGUGUAAAGAGCAGCUGAAGCAGUUAAACUUUUGUUUAUUUCAAACAUUUACAUUCCACCUUUCCACUAUGUAAGCCUUCAUGGCAGAUAAAAAAACAUUGUGGGGCGGGGAUUUGUUACACAAUCCAGUAACAAAAAGAAUGAGUUUUAAAAACUAAAACUAUAAAAUUAAAAAAUCAUAAUAGCAGGCACAAGAGCCCAAACAGAAAGCAUGUUGGAAAGUGGCAAAACGGGUUAACUAUUAAAAACCUGGAAUGCCCUUGCUGAAAAUUCAGGCUCAGACCUUCUACCUCUUCCUGGGGUUGAAUUCUGUAGAAGGCAGGUCCUAUGGCCUGAGAAGGGAUUAAGAACCAUUGUGGCUGACUUUCCAGAUAAAAAGCCUGGCUCAGAUUACUAAUUCUGCAGUUUAUUGUGGCAUUUUCAUUGCGGCUUUUGCGGUGCUAUUCUUUUUUCUUUCAGGUUAACACCUUCCAAAUAGUCCUCAUCACCGACGGCAUGCUGUCCUUCACUAUCUUCAACUACGAGUCCAUCACCUGGACCACCGGAAUGCAUGCCAGCAGUGGAGGAGACUCAGCAGGCCUGGGAGGCAUUGCGGCCCAGGUAGACUCCAUGGUCACACCUUGCAAGCAAGUCUUCUUUCUAAUACAUGGCGUGCAUUUUUCCAGACAGUAGUUUUGAAAUAGCAAGGCAAUAUUUCCUCAGCCCCAAUUUCUCUCUCUUACUCUCUCUUCAAAGCCAUAUCGGGGGCCUUGUGAUAGAGCAACCACAGCUCUUUACAUUGGCCAGUGCCUCAUGGUUCCUUCCCAUCACAACCUCAGACUCUUUAAAGAGCCACCCAGCAGAGGCUGCAGCAAGUACAGCCUCCCUUUGGUAUUCCUGCCCCCCCCCCAAUUCUGGUGUGCUGUUUUCUUUCUUUUAACCAGUGGCUGUUCAGAUGUGUGAAUUUACCACUAAUUGAUCUAUGCUUGGCUGGCUGCCGGCUCUCAUCUGAGCGUCUCCGGUAGGCAGGAAAUUGCAGGUGUAAAGGAAAUGGACCCAUUUUCAAUCCCAGAAAUUCAGAAGUGCAGGCUUUUUAUGACUGUAAACAGAGCAGUAACCACAUGCUUUGGAAUACUGUACAGUGCUUCAGGAACACCCUGCCCCAGUCCAGCCAAAGCAGGAGAGAGAGAGAGAGAGAGAGAGGAAGUUGAAAAGUUUUUCACCAGGCUUGUGACCAAGUUUGCAAAAACGUGCUGCUGUAACUCGCAAGGCGAUAGAGUGCCUCGGCACGAGCACCUCACGGCUCAGCAUGGCAAAGGCUUCUGCUUGGCUAGAGCUAGCAAAUCUGUUCUCGUUUCACGGAAAGGAGCGAGAGUGUCCAAGAUUCUCUUGGAUUCACCCUGUGCAGAUGAAUGAGGAUGAAAAUAGGCUCAGCGUUCUGUGUGCGUUCCAGCAAGUGAGUCAUGGAUGUGUGGGGAUUGCUGAGGCUUUAUGGUGCCAAGAGCCAUUUGGGAGAAGGGUUGCAAUAAGUAGAUCAUCCAAUCCCUCUCCCUGUCACCUUCCCCCCCCCUUUUAAUGCUGACAGUUCCUCAUGUGUCAUAGCCAAGAUCUUUAAUCAUAGCUGACAUGCAAAACAGUUACAAAAUGCCUUCGAGGAUCCUUGACUGCUCAGAUGUUCUGAAAGCAACUGAAAUUGAGGCUCCAUUGUGAUGGGUGCCCUGGAGAAAGAAUGCUUGCCUCAAAAGAGCCUUGCAAAUAAGUUGGUCGCCCACAAAAAUGUGCACUAACUGCCAGCGAACAUUAGUCAUUUAUGGCCUGAGAAGAAAGAGUGAGCCAGCUUCUGUAAACUUUCCUCGCAUGGUGGCCACAGAUAAAUUAUCUUCAUCACAGGUGACCGAGCAAAUGAUUGUUUAUAUGGCUGCUCAAAUAAAUUGCAUUCUGAAUAUAUUUAUUACAAUUAUGUAAUAAAUAUAUUUAUUACAUUUGUGUCCCAACUUCUUUUUAUUUCCUGUGGAAAUAAAGGUGGUAUACCUAGGGGAAAGGAAAUGAAGUCAGGAGGUUAAAGAGAACCUCCAAAAAGAUAUUUUCCUUUUUCUUUCUCUUUGUUUUUCUUCACUUCUUUCUCUUUCUUUGCUUCCCUUUACUUUUAUUUCACUUUUUAUUUUUUAUGUUGGAUAUUUUAUAUCUUUAAUUCUGCUUGAUGGAAAAUAAUUGUCGAAGUUGAAAUUAUAAAACCAAUAAAACUUUUAUUUACAUACAUAGGGUUCUCCCAUUCAGGCACUGAUCAGACACAAGCCUGCAUGCUUGCUGCAUCAUGGGCCUUCAGACCAUAGUCCCAGAUCUUGCAUGAUAGGGAAUGAAUGGGAAAAGACAUCCAAGUCCUGGAAGGAAUUAUUUUCCAGGAAGGCAAAGUGGGGCCAUCUUAGCAAACUGCUGCCCCCCCCCCCCAUCAGGGACUGGAAGAGUUGUUGUGCUGGGGGCUGCACUGCCUCUGAUCCAAAGCAGGAAAAUUUCAGGUGGGAAGUGGUUGUAGCAGUAACCAAUAUGCAGAGGAAUGCUUCCCUUCCUUGUGUUCUUGCAGUCCAUUCUUCUGCAGGGCACUGGGGGGGAAGAGAGAAGUCCCUUGCCUAUCCCCACAGCUGCCCUGCUUUCCCCAGCGAGAGGUUUCACUCUCUGCCCUUGUCUUCCUAGGCAGGUUUCAAUGCCGGUGAUGGAAAGCGGUAUUUUAACAUCCCCGGAUCCCGCACUGAUGACAUUGUCGACGUGGAGAUGACGACAAAUGUGGGUAUCCCCGGGCGCUGGGUGUUCAGAAUCGAUGAUGCCCAGGUGCAAGUGGGGGGCUGCAACAACACAAGUAAGAGGACAGCAGUUAGGUUUAUUUAACCAAACCAAUUCUUCCAUCCCUUUUCUCUGUCCCUGUGAAAAUCCCAGCGCUUAUGAAAGAAAGGCAGCCGCUAUGCAGCUGGGGUAGUUUGGGUGUGGCAAGUGGAAGCCCUGUUUUCCUCUGUGCAUAAAUAUGGCCAGCAGGACAUGGGAAGCACUGGUGGAGGAGCCAUUUCAAGCUGCAAUUUGGGAGGAUAUGACUGUAUUGCUGCAUGAAACCAAGAGCGCAUCUCUGGCUGCUGGAGAGCUAUGAUGUCUUUUGCCACUGCCAGCUCAAGUUUUAGAAUGAGGCAAGGGGAGAACCUGGAGAUAAAUGAAUGUAGGAUUGUGUGUAAAAUGGGCCUCCAGGCAUAGAACUGCAAGCUUUAAAUAGUAGAUGCCCUCUGAAUGGUUGUUCAGUCAUGGGAGUUGAUUGGUCAUAGAGUAAAUAAGUGCAAUCCUAGACAUGUCUACUCAGAAGUAAUUCAGUUGGGCGUACUCCCAGCUAAGUGUGUGUAGGAUUGCAGCCCUAGUUUAAUUGGGGUGGGCCAAUUUCAAAUCAUGAGACUGUGAGUUAAGGUCAUGCAUGUUUGGUUUUCAGCUACUUUGGUGUUACCAUAAUAUGCGAUGAAAAGCAAAAUAUGAAAGAUGGCCUUGCCUUUUAACAGUAACUGGAACUUCAAAUGUAUCUCCCAACUUACUUUGUAUCAUACACUUCUUCAUUGCCAGAGUACUUUAUAGCUGUUUCACCUGUGCAUGUGUGUGUGGUGUUGCUGUUUUGCAUAUCUGCUAUUUAAUAUUGUAAGAAUGGGAAAAUUCUUAAUAAAAAAUUGCAAAAGAAAGUACACUUUUAAGAAUCUAAGGGCUUGUGUGCAUCAGAGUUUACUGUGUGUUUGUAACUGAUUGCGUUCUCAUUUAAUUUGUGUAGUCCACAUGAUGUUACCUUCCAACAAUACCAGUCGUGAUGCUUUCCCCCUGAAAAUCUAAAUUUACCCAAUAGGGGGAUAAUCUGUUAAAUUGGGGAAAUCAGGCUCCAAACUGCUCCACGUGGGGUUGCAGCAAUUUGUGUGUGUGUGUAUCAAUCAUCAUUGCCAGUCCCCUUACCACCCCCACUACUGUAUUUUCUGGCAUCACUUGUCAGUAUUUCUGGCACACUCUGGAUGGGGGUGAUGAUGAUGAUGAUGAUGAUGAUGAUUAGGAUCCUUCAGAUGUGCACAAAGCUAGAAAACUGCACAAGCAAAUUUACAAUUGCUUGACUGGUUUAAUUUGAAUGAGGAAAAAGUGGAUUACUUUACCUUUAAUGCUCAAAUGUGGAGAGGCUUUAACAUGCAUAAAGUACCACAUUUCAGCUCUGUGAUCAGUUAGCGUAAUCCUAGUAGAGAUGUCUCUGCCACCAUUUGCUUCUUUGGACUGCAGAAGGAAGAUGCUGCUAGGUUCUACUAGAAAUGUUGCCAUUUGCAAAUCUGUUCCAUAGGGCUCUUAAAAUACCUCUCUACAAAUUGGUGAAGAGCCUAAAUACAAUAUGUAUUACAAGUAUACUGUAAUAGUCUUCCUCAAACUGGCUAUUGGUGUAUGCAAUGUGAGAGUAACAGUAGCGCCCAGUUUCUUGUCACAACAAUUCCCCAACAUUGGCACAUAAUUCCAAACAAAAACAUAUACCCAGACUUUACCAGAUCUAUGGCUGCUUAGGCUCACAUGAGUUCUCUUCUGACUCUGAGACCAAGACUUGACUAAUCUGCCUAUAUUAAGGGUAUGCACCUCUCUACAGCUCUCUGGGGCUAUAUUUCACCCCCUGAGAUUGCCCCAUCUUGGGAAAUCAAGUGGUUUGCUGUCUGACUAUUUCCCAAACCAUUUUGCCUUUGCUUACACACACACACACACACACACACUUUAAUUUUUUGGUCAAAGAGUUAUAGAAUGUUGCUGGCAUUUACCCAGCUCUUGAUUCUUGGUUUUGUCACCAAAAUAUUGUAACUUUCCUAAAGGCAAAUAGCAUGUCUUUGCAGAAUGUAUGUUAUGGGGUGUGCGCAGUGGGACACAGAGCUGGUCUAAACUGUUGCAUGUUUGAACGCUGUUCAGAAUUUCUAAGCAGAAAGGAAUACUGGUACAGUCAUUAACAUUUUCUCUUUGUGAACUACUAAUAGUUUGCCUAUAAAGGAGGAUUAAUUUGACAUUUGAUGGUCAAAAUGAUAAUGUAAGAUGUUUAGAGAGCAAACAAAAGUCUUGACAUGAACAGCAGAGAGCAACACACACACACAAAACAAACAAAUGGAAACAAAUUUAAUAUACAGUAUUCAAAAUAUUUUGAGAUCGUACUAUAACUUCCUACAAAAUUUCAAUCCAGUUUAAAUGUGGAUGUGCUAAUUUGAAUUGGAAUCUGGCACUUCCACCCAUGAGCCCAUUUAAUUACAGAGCAAACAGGGGCUGAAGGCCGCAGGGACAAUGGAAGCUGGAUCAGUUCAAUGUUAUUGUUGCUGCAACACAUUCUAGUAGUUCUCUAGCUAUGCUAUCAUUUGUUGAACACUGGGUUUGCUUCUUUGUGCAGCAUCGGUGUGCCUGACACUCCGCCCUUGUCUGAAUGGAGGGAAGUGUAUUGAGGACUGCAUCACAGGGAACCCCUCCUACACCUGUUCUUGUCUGGCUGGCUUCACUGGAAAGCGAUGCCAUAUUGGUGAGUCUUGCUCAUACUUUUCUUGCAGUCUUCUAUUGAGGGGCUUCAGUGAGCUUAAGAAGAACCUUGCCAGAUCAGACCAAAGGCCCAUCUAAUCCAGUAUUCUGUUUUCACAGUGACCAAGUAGAUGCUUAUGAGAAAGCCAUAUGGAGGACGUGGUCCUCAGCUGUGGAAUCCAGAGAUGUACUGCCUCUGAUAUUGGGGAUAAAUAGCCAUCACGACUAUAACCCACUGAUAGCCUUACCUUACAUGAACUUGUCUUUUUGAAACAAUCCAAGCUGGCCAUCGCCAGACCUUGUGGUAGCUAAUUCCACAGCAUUCAUCUAUCCUGAAUUUCUUCAGCUUCAUUGGCUGACGGGUUCCAGCAUUAUGAGAGAUGGAGAAAACUUCAGCAUGUAUAUUUUUAUAUACCUCUGUCAUGUGCCCUCCUUUUUUGUCUUUUUUAUAAACUAAAAAGCCCCAAAUGUAGUAACCUUUCUUCAUAUGAGUUUUGCUCCAAUCCCCUUAAUCAUUUUGGCUUCCCUUUUCUCAGGGGCUGCCCAUCCUGUUUCACCACUUGAGGUGAAAUGGGAAGGUUCUGCCCCCCAACCCUGCUGCUGCCCCCCAUCCCUUUCAGUGAGAUUUUCCAGUGAGUGUGGACUGGGUAGAAUUCUGCAGGCCAGGUAGAGAUGCCUGGAAAGCUUCCUUUGGUCUCUGAGGUUCCCCACUACUGGUAUAAGGCUUCUUCGUUUGCUAAUAUUUUAAUUCAUGUUUCUCUUGUUGGCUUAUUACUGCCCACCUGCAGCUGCUCCAUUCCUUGCUCUAGCUGUCCCAUUCUUGAAGAACUGAAUGCCCAUGAGAACUGACCUAUGUUUGUCUUUGGCAUAUUGUCAUUACUAAAUUAGCCAGUUACUUCUCUAUUGAAGUGUCAGGGUGAACGAGGAACACACUAAAGCUUUCAUUUAAUGAAGUCCGGGGACACUUCUAGAAAACCUCUUUGUUGAGUUCUCUGCUUGAUUUGUUUGCAAGAAGAUUAGAUGAUGUUGGCUAGUUAAUAAGCAUUUGUUCUGAUUUGUUUUCAGGGAGGUUAGAUGACAUGUCAAAGAAAGUAUUAUCUCACACUUUGCAGUGCGUUUUUCUGUCACUUUCCAUGUGACAAAAGGUUUAAGUUUUGGGAAAGUGGGCUUUUUGCACAAGACCUCCAAAUAAAAUAUAAUUUUACCACCUGAAUUUGUCGGUAUGAGAUUGCAUGUCAUCCAAAAAUAGCAAUAGUCUGGAAGUGCCCCUGGUGACUGCUGCCAUAAUUAAUGCUAAUAGCUACCGCAGUGUUAGAAAGUUAAACCUGGUGACCUUAGGGAAGUCGUUUCUAGCCUCUCAACUCCUAUAAUCCUCCACAGAGGCAUUCAGGCUGUCGCCAGAGAAAAGGGUAUAUAACCCAAAGCAUCUUAGCAUAAUCAAAAACAUAUAAAGGAAGGGUUUGUUUUCUGUCUUUGCAUGCAAUCCACACUUCUGGGAAUGAUGUAUCCAUAGUAGACAUGCCUGGUUAAUUACAGAUGGUAAUGCAUGUGAAGUGUUUCGGUUGAAUGUAUGAGAGCACACCCUACUUUUUCGCUUCCUUCCCAUUACCUUCCAGAUGUGGAUGAGUGCGCUUCCAGCCCAUGUCAGAACAAAGCCUCCUGCAUCGAUGGCAUUAACAGCUUCAGUUGCUGGUGUCCACCAGGAUUUAAAGGAGCCAUGUGUGAAGUUGGUGAGAAACAUUGUGUAAUUGCAAAAGGACAGGGAAAUCAGAUAACAGCUUACAGGCAGGUCUAGGUGGACAAAGUGUUUAUAAAGGCAUUCCAGUACCAGUACCCAGUACUUUUUUCUAGAAAAAUAGGUGCCAGUGUUCACCACGAAGUUGUUACAGUAAGUGCCACACUUUUAAACAACAACAAAAAGAGGUGCCAGUACUGCGUGCCCUUGAGUACCCCCUGAAGAAGAAGAAAGCACUGCCAGUACCUCUUUAUUUCAGUUCUAGUCUGGGGGUGGGGCAGAAGUUAGGGAUGGCCUGCUCAAACUAUGGUACUUUGCAGAACAAAUUGGGAUAGAAAGCAGUUAGCAGUUGUAGUGUGGGAACUGUAUGCAGGAAAGUUGUCUUUCUAAUUCUCUGCUGAAACAUUCUGAAUCAGGAAAUGUUAGACUGUACAAAUCAUAAAAUGGUGUAUGUUUAGGUGUUGCCCCCUCCCUUUAAUCCUAGUGCCAGCAUCCUUCCAAGUACUAGAGGAUGGCUAGUGUGCAGUCACAAUAGUUUUUUAAUCAGGUCUGGGGAUGGGAGACCUUGGUGCAAAAGGUACAGGUGCCUUUCUGCAACACAUAUAUACACAAUCAUUCCCCAGAAGAACAGAACAUAUGUUCCCACAGCCUGCAUAGGAUAGAAAUAUACUAUGGCUGGAGAAAAGCGAAGAGGUAAAUGUGAUCAGGUUUUGUACAUGCAAGUUCGUGUGUGUGUGUGUGUGUGUGUGUGUGUGUGUGUGUGUCUCCCACACAGCUCUACCUGUGGCUGAAUUAACCAUGCAGCAUACCUGAACCACUGCCCAGACAACACCUCUAAACAGAAUGCCUUGUUCAGGGGCUCCUGUCUGGCUUGCCCUUUCCCAAACCAGAGCAUUCCUUGGAGGCAAAUCAAGUCAAGCGAUUGAUUCAUUUGCCUGUUGAUUGUUAAGAAAGUAACCAUGCAAUGCCCUUCACGGUGUGCUAUUCACUUGGCAAGGAGGUAGGGAAAGAUGGACAUAAAUUUGGCAUGUAAAUGGCCACUAAAAGGAGUCUUUGUGGCUGCUGCAGGCAUCACCAUCCUCCCCAAUAUUAUGAGAACACUCCAAAUUUAUCUGGUUUCAGAAGUUCAGUUGCAUUUUUCCGACCUUGUAAGAGCCAUUGACUGCAAACUAUAAGGUGUACAUCAGAUUCAUAGAAGGCGGUUGUUACCACAGAUUGGCUUUUUGCAGCAUCAUUUUUUCUUGCACAGAGUCCGAAGAGAGCUGUAAUUGAAUCAUAUGCCUAAGGAAGGUACUUGAGCUUUGAGAGACCAUAACUUCCUAUAUUCUGCCAUUUCCCAGACCCCACAUAGCUUCUCACUACCUAUGGUGCUACAGCCAAGAAAUGCUACUAAUUCUGAAAGCAGGAGAAGCAUGUCUGGGAAAGGGACAAACUAAGUCCCUUGUCUGAGGCACCCAUACAGCAGCCUUGGGAGGAAACCACACCACACAUGCUUGUUUGUAUCAAUGGAAUGGGCAAAUCUUUUGUGUUCUAAUUUGCACUCCAUUUCUUGUUCUAAAACACUACAGAGGAGUCUCCAUGUGAAGCCAAAGAGUGCCAGAAUGGCGGGGAAUGCCAAGUGGCCAACAGAACAGCUGUGUGCCUUUGCCAGCCAGGUUUUACAGGAGAAGAUUGUGAGACAGGUGAGCUAACAAUGAACACAUUUAGCCCACCAGUCAAGCAGACAAAAAGAGGAAUUUGGAAGCUGCUCCAAGGUAAGUCAAGGGGAUUCUACUAUCAGAGACUGGACAGCAAAGAACCUAUGUACACACUUCCACAGUCCAGCAGCAAGCAUGUCUUUUUCUGCACACACAUGGGAUUCUUUGCUCUCUUCCAUUGAGUGGGCUUAUGAUACCAUGGGGAAGCUUCACAACAGUGAUUCCCAGCUCUGUUUCUACCUCCAUCCUCAUGAAUGACAACCCUUAAAUCAUCCAUAUGCAGAGACCUAUAUUUGUUUUAAACAUGGCUAGGCCUGCAGUUGUGGUCAGGUGCUGAUCUUUUUGUUGUUGUUUCUCCUUCGCAGAAAUAAACGAAUGUGAUUCCAACCCAUGCCUGAACGGUGGGCGAUGUAUGGACCUAGUGGACAAUUACACCUGUGUGUGUGUGGCGCCAUUCACAGGACAGCGCUGUGAAACAGGUGCCCUGAUUUCAUAACUGCGUGGUGGCACCCUCCUUCUCCUCCCCACAUAGCCAGAUUCCUCUCAGUGGUGGACUCUUUGCUCUGAGCCUCUCUUUCUUUACUCUGUCAGACUCUCUCCUUAGGCCCAGCCCUGUACUUAUUGUUGUGUAUAGUUAUUCAGCUGCGUUGGGCUGUACUGAGGCUCCCUACUCUUCUCCGCUCUAGAUCCUUCAGCCUGUGAGGGCAGGAACUGCAGGAACCGACAGACGUGCAACUAUAUCCGCCCAGGGCGCUACAUCUGCACAUGCUCUCCAGGCUACUAUGGGAACAACUGUCAAUAUGGUGAGCAGGAUGACCCCACAUUACCUCAGAGAGAUUGUCUAAAUCAGGGGUGGCAAACCUGUGGCUCUUCAGUUAUUGUCGGGCCACAACUCACACAAUCCCUGACUGUUCCCAUAAGGCCGAGGCUGAUGGGAAAUGGAAUCUAAUAAUAUAGGGGAAACUGGUUCCCUAUCCCUGCUAUUGUAGAUUCAUUGGAAAAACUUGUUCACCCUCAUUUUCGUAAAUGUGCACCCUUCGAUUUUGGGUUUUAAGUUGUUUUAUGAAUUUUUUCAGCUACUUUUGGAUCAGAUCUACUCAAAUUAAUCAAGUCUAAGGUUCUUUUGCAGGCUUCCACUACUGAAAAUUCCAAAACACCCUAGCAACUAUGUGGUUAGGAUGCUUUUCCUGAUAUCUAACCAAAGUCCUUUGGGCUGCAGUUUGCACCCCAUUAUCUUCUCCACUAUAGACAUGGAGAACAACUGAACCCCAUCCUCCUUCAGAGUAAUAAUUCAUGUGUUUGAAGAACACCUAGCCCUUUUUCUUUGUGCAAUAUUAACCAGGCAUGUCCCCUCUUUCCUCAUGUUGUUGAUCUCUCACAAAUAUUUUGUAGGUGGGCCCAGAAUGCCCAGUGCCUGCAUGUCCAAUCCAUGUCAGAACGAAGGCACUUGCCUUGAAAGCAGCCAAGGAUAUGUGUGUGAGUGUGCGGAAGGAUACACAGGCACCGACUGCGAAGACAGUAAGUGUACCCCAGUCUGUAUACAAACUACGCAUUCUCUUUGCAGGGAGGGGUGCUUUACCCAAAGCAGCUAUGUUGCAGUCUAGCAUGAAAGGUCAUAUGGACAGGGGAGCCAUUAUAUUGAGAAUUGGGUUUUUGGUUUAUAAACACAACGGUAGCAGAAAAGCAAAUUAAAAUAAUAUAAUAUCAAAACAGGGGUGGGAGGGUGGAAGUGGUGCUGGUCAGUGUUCAUAGCUUUUCUCACUUUCAGUUUACAGGGGUGUGAGAAAAUGCCUUUACAUUCAGCCAGGGAUGGAGUUCAGUUUAGGCUUCCCAAUGGAGGCAAGUUAUUAAGAAACAGGCAUGCAUGGAAGAGAUAAGUGUUCCCCACCAUAAUAAGCAUGUCUGAUUCAGACUCUGGCUUCUCACUGUUGCUUUGGGUAAAAUGAAACCCCACCACCAAAAAAGAAACAAACGAAAACACCUCUUAGGGGAAAUAUGGAAAAUUAUGUGUGGUUGGGCACUAAAAUAUAUACAUGACCACUUGCAUGUAGUGAUGAUGGCACAGACAUCCCAGCACAAGUUGCCAGUAGGGGAAGGACAUGUUAACCAGUGCUAGAAACUCUCAAUGUAAUGCCAAUAUAAUGACUUAACCUGAACUACACACACAUAAUUUUCAAGAGCAACCUGUGAUCUUGGCAAGUUCCGAGAGCCAACAAGUGCUCCAAAAGAUGGCAGUCCUUUGGUUUCCAUUAGGGCAAAAUGGGUUGUUUACAUCAGCCCCUAACUGUGGGACCACAUUCAACAAAGUCAGAGGUUCUCAUACCUUUCUUUUUUAUACGCUUGUGUGGAGCAAGCUCUUCUUUUGAUGAUUCAGGUCCUAUAACAGCCCUUUCCCAGUCAAUAUAGACUUCCAUCACGCCGUUGCAAUUGCUAAUGCAUCGCAACGUGGCCAGGUGGUACUUCAUUUAAUGGAGAGUCUCCUGUGCUAAAUUUAUUACACACUGUGCAGUAUUGUGGGAGCUGCAAUUUUCUCCAUCCUAUCACUACGUCUUCCUGUUCCCCACCCCACUUGCCCCUACAAGUCCUUUUUGCAAUCUUCCAUUUGGAGGCAGUGACCCCAUGCAAGGAAACACUGGCUCAUGUCAUUCUCCAGAAGGAGAGGGGAAAUGGGUUGAGUGUGAGGUACGUCUCUUACAAGAAGCAAUGAGGCUCAUUAGAGUCACUGAACAGAGCACAGAUAGGACCACAAGGGAGCCUUUGAAAGGUGGAGCUUGAUGACUCCAGUGGGGAGCAGCAGCAGCUGGUUUGUAAUUUGCAGUCUCUUGGGUGUUAAUUAAGGUAAAUAUCUGAGGUCAUGAGAAAGGGAGUAAAGGUUCUGUCACCACAACACUUGUAGCCAAACCUAAUCCAGAUCCCUCCCCACAGCAGCCUGAACAACACUCUGUUGGUUACUGGUGGGGGUUGUGAAGGCCUCAGUAGCUUGAGCUUUUGCUGGCACAGAUGAGCCUCAUUAGUCCCCCCCCCCCCCGCCGCCCCCUUGGCUUUUUGCAGAGCUCUCAGAGGACUGCGAGUGUCGGAACGGGGGGAAGUGUCUGGAUGGAAACGUCACCAUAUGCCAGUGCCCUCCAGGAUAUUUUGGUCUUCUCUGUGAAUUUGGUAGGAAUGUUGUUAAUGGCUACUGAUAGGCUAUUCUGUCCACCUUCUGAAUACUGGUUUCUGUAGCUCAGUAAAGCUCUCCACCAAUGAGCUCUUGCUUUGGAAGAAAGAUGAGCAUUUUUCAGACAGCUUAAGGCAGGUUGAAAAUUAGGUUGUUGCUUGUGUAUACACUCAUCCCACUUUUACUUAUGGCAGGGACAUAGUCCAUAUGCUGUUGAACUCCAGCUUUGUUUAGCCCAGCUACUAUGGCCAGUGGUCAGGGGUGAUGAGAGUUGUAGUCCAGUGGGACAUGGUGGCACUGUGGUCUAAACCAUUGAGCCUCUUGGGCUUGCUGAUCAGAAGGUUGGCAGUUUGAAACACUGUGACAGAGUAAGUUCCCAUUGCUCUGUCCCAGCUUCUGCCAACCUAGCAGUUCAAAAGCAUGCCAGUGCAAGUAGAUAAAUAGGUACCGCUACGGCGUUUCCAUGUGCUCUGGCUUCCGUCACAGUGUUCCGUUGCACCAGUUGUGGUUUAGUCAUGUUGGCCACAUGACUGGAAAGCUGUCUGUGGACAAACGCCAGCUCCAUUGGCCUUAAAGCGAGACGAGCGCCGCAACCCCAUAGUCACCUUUGACUGGACUUAACCGUCCAGGGUUCCUUUACCUUUUUUUUUAAGUCCAGCAACAUCUGGAGGGGGGCUGUGGUAAGUGAGUUUUGCAAAACCUGUUGGAUCAGAGACAGCGGUGGGACAAAAAAAUACAACCCACCAUGUAUACCACAGGAAAUGAUAUUUCUCUCAAACCACUUCAACACUCUUAAAUAAUAUUGUCCAUGUCUAGCCUUUGUUUCUGCCUAAGACAGGAAAAGGCGACUCCUGUAGUGCUUUCGUUAUGGAAAUCCAGCUCUUUUUCAGUUACCAAGUCAUCAAGAUGACUCUGAAGAUUCCCACUGACAAGGAUAACUGUCUUGAUUUUGAGUGUAUCACUGUUACAUCAGUCAUGCUCAGUUUCAAUCUCCCAUCUAGAGAUAUAAAAGCUAAAUAAUAAUAAUAAUAAUAAUAAUAAUAAUAAUCAUUUAUUAUUUAUACCCCGCCCAUCUGGCUGAGUUUCCCCAGCCACUCUGGGCGGCUCCCAAUCAAGUGUUAAAAACAAUACAGCAUUAAAUAUUAAAAACUUCCCUAAACAGGAAAUCUUUUUCAAGCCAGCCAUGUUUCCACAGGUUACAUCCCAGUGCCCCCCCCCAUAAAAAAAAAAUCUAAGGCAGAGACAGUGGAUAACAUUGCAUGACCCUCUCUGCUCUUCUGAUCAUCACCUGAAAAGCAUAGAGGACUCAGUUUCCUUCUUCCUUGGAGUACUGGGUUGGGCACAGAAAGUAAACCUCUUUGCCCCACUCAGCACUGCAAUGGUGAGUAAAAUAUACAUGCACACUGCAAGGAUCAGCUGAUGAGUGGAGGCGGGGCUCUUUGCAUGUUUGUGUGAGGAUGUGGGAUGCCUAUACCCACUUUUGGGCCACAGUCACUAUAGGCAUGUGGCCCCCAGGGGGGUUGCAAUGGGGCAGUGUAAAAAAGUUAGCCUCCCCAGUGUAGAAUCCUCUCAGAGUUAAAAGCAAUUUAGAAACAUGACAUAAAAUCUAUUUUAAGGGAAAGUGCCUUCAGAUCCAUGUAUCUGCUGGUUUUACUUGUGUGUUUCUUAAUGCAGGCGUCACCCCAAAAUGUUUCUUUUAACUGUUGGGGUAUUUUAAAUAAAGCUCGCCUGCAUGUUACUGAGCUGCAUGACAGGGAACUGCUGUGUGUUUGUUUCCUCCCUGCCACUGCAGAAGUGACCGCAACACCUUGCAAUAUGAACACCCAGUGCCCAGAUGGAGGCUACUGUAUGGAGUACGGUGGCAAUUACCUUUGUGUGUGCCAUACGGAUUACGGCACAAACCACAGUAAGUAGGAUAGGGAGUCUGGGCACAUCAAAAUGGGCUUUGAAUCUGAGGAUCAAGGUGGUGGGAGAAUGCCCAGUAUUGCAUACCAGAGAAACUAAUCCAGAACCCACUAUGAGUUGUGAAUACUAGGUAGGGUCCAUACCCUGCAACAUAAAUGAAGCAGUUUCUUUGAAUGCAAAAAAGACUUGGGAAGGUGCAAUACAGUUGAUAGAAUGUUAGUGUCGAAUGCCGUGGUGAAGCUGCAUGUGAGAAGGGGAUGCAUGAGCAAUUCAUAUCUUCUCCUGUUACCUCUUGCUCUUCACAUGCAAAUCAGAUCCAGGUUGAAGUCCCUGAGCAAAUCGUUCCUUCCCUGGUAAAUGAGAUAAGACUGGGCAAUCUCUUUGGGCCAAACUGCACAUAAAAGUAACUGCGUCUGCACUGGAUGCAGGGAUUGAUCAUUAUUGGAAUCGCAGCACAUAUGCAUGAGAAACUCACCCCCACCACCCGUCCCACGGCAGUCCCAAGGAAAAUCCCUCCUCUGAAAAUGGUAUUUGCAUUGGCAAGAAAUCCCCCCCAUUGGUGUCAGUAGGAGAUUUCUUUCCAAAGUAAGUAUUUGCUUCAGAGGAGAGAUGAUCUUCAGGACUGCAAGCAGGGGCUAAGUUCCCCUUCCAUGCCUUCUGCAGUUCUUAUAAUAAUCAGCCCCACCCUUCUCAUGCUAGUUGUGUUUUUAAAAGCCUGCAGCACGUUUAACAUCAAGUUUAGUUUGUAUCCUGAAAAGUGCUGUAAGCAUGCUUUUUUUAUUAUAGAGAUUGUGUAGCUUGUUUGUCUGUAGCAGGCACUAGGAAGAUCCCCAUAAAUAAAUAUCCUAAGAAACAAGGAGUUGUGGGCUAGAGGACCCCUGGGCUUAUUAAUUCAAAGAUGUGUGUCCUUUUUUCCAUGUCAUUUAAUUGAGCUCCUUUCCGUGGGGCAGGUGGGGUUUUUAUUUAGCAUCAGCCCAUGUGAGGCCAUGUCUGCUUUUGCAGCUGAGCCACCCUCUCCUUGUGACUCGGAUCCUUGUCUGAAUGGCGGAUCAUGUGAAGCUCAAGAUGAUUCCUACACCUGUGAAUGUACCCGAGGCUUCGCCGGCAGGCACUGUGAGAAAGGUAUUUGCCAACCCUGAAUGGAAGAACAGAAGCUGCCUUUCCAAAUCCUACUUUGAUGCUAUAUAUAGGACACACUAUCAUUUUUUUCCCUAGUGCAGGGUGAUGGAAUUGACUGCAGGUAAUGUUCUUCCCCUCCUUUUCUCUCCCGUGGCUGGUCCAGUGCAUGGUUCUCUCUCAGGUCAAAAAUACAUUGUGAGAAGCCAAGACAAACAAAAAACAAAAAACCUUCAGGUUUUACUAAAAUGUAUUCUUCUACACAAUAACAGCAAUGCAGUAAAACAGGGUUUCCCAAACCUGGGUCUCCAGCUGUUUUUAGACUACAAUUCCCACCAUCCCUGACCCCCAUUCCUGCUAGCUAAGGAUGAUGGGAGUUGUUGCCGCAACAGCAGCAAGAAUACUCAUUGCAAAGUAUUGGAAGACACAAGAUUUACCCACUGUGGAAGAAUGGCAGAUGAAGCUGAUGGACUAUAUGGAACUGGCAAAAAUGACGGGCAGAAUCCGAGACCAGGGAGAAGAGUCGGUGGAGGAAGAUUGGAAGAAAUUUAAAGAUUAUCUAUAGAAAUAUUGUAAAAUUAAUGAAUGUUAGAAUGAUGUUGGAUAGUAAUUAAGUGGUUUCCAGCUGCAAUGCUUUAAGGGAAUAUGAAAAAAGGGUUAUAAAUAGGUAAAAAUUUAAUAUUAUUACUUUUAAAGGAUUUGCUGAACCAACAGAUUGAAGUGGAAUACAAAAAAGGGAGGUAUGAGGAGGUCCGGGAAAUAAGUCAAAGGAAAAUAAGUAAUGGAAAAUCUGUGUAUUUUUAACUAUUUUUAUUUUGUAUUUUUGUCAUUAUUUUUUUUCAUUUUUAUUGUAAUAUUUUAAAAAAUCUUAAUAAAUAUCUUAUAAUAAAAAAAAAGGAUGAUGGGAGUUGUAGUCCAAAAACAGCUGGAGACGCAAGUUUGGGAAACCUUGCAGUAAAACAAUUCUGAACGCAGUGAAAAAAUAGAAAUGGAUAUAGCUUAAUAGCCUGGUGCCAACAAACUAGCACUUCCAGUUGCCAAAUAUUCAGAAAAAACAGCUUCUAAACACCAAAAUUAUAUUCAGCAUACUUUGUAAGGCAGAAAAAAUGACAUAGCAACCUAUCGCAAAUAAACACCACUUUCAGUUGCUGUUAGUCUGUUCCAGUUGAGCAACACUUUUAGUUGACAUAACUGUGAGACUGAGCAAUGGUGAUGUCCAAAACUUAAGCUGAUGCAGACAUCGGGACUCCUGCUUUGGAAGAAAAUUCAAUAAAAAUUAAUUACGCUUUAUGUGGAAGUGCUUUUAUUUUGUCUGCCGUGGAUCUGUUGCCAGUCCUAUUUCAUUGGAUUAGUCAGGGAAGGUGUCAGGGACACAGUUUAACCUGGCAAAAGGGCUAGAGGGCCAGUGAGUGAAACUCUUCCUUCCACCUGUCUUUUAAAGGGGCUUGUAACAAGUACGGAUGCUUUUUUCCCUUCCCAGCAAAGCCAAAGCUGUGCAGUUCUGGGCCCUGCCGCAAUGGAGGGACGUGUAAAGAAUCAGACGGAGAAUACCACUGCACCUGUCCUUACCGCUUCACGGGGAAGCACUGUGAGAUAGGUAUCUCUACUGCAUGCACUGCCGCAAUUUUAGCCGAGGGGAUGGGGACGUAAAGGGACUUCUUGGGAGGUGUUAGGAAAUUGUUUGCUAUGUAACCUGGACCUUCUGUUUUCACAGGCAAACCUGACCCCUGUGCCUCAGGGCCUUGUCAUAAUGGGGGGACCUGUUUCCACUAUAUUGGCAAGUACAAAUGUGACUGCCUCCCAGGAUAUUCCGGGCGACACUGCGAGAUAGGUAUUAGUGUAUUAUUUAUUUCAUUUAUGAAUCGCUUCCCAUGAGGCAUUUGCAAUGUUGAAAUAUAUAUUUGUGAAACAGUUGCAUAUAUAUAUAUAUAUAUAUAUAUAUAUAUAUAUAUAUAUUUAAAAACUAUAUAUAAAAACACACACAUUUUAAAACAACUGUAGCAGCACAUCCCACAUGGAUGUUAACUGGGUUUGAGGUCUCCAUUUUGGAGGUUUGUUGAAAGAGGAACACCAAAAAACAAUUGAGAAGGGGAGAAGGGGGGGAGUUCAAAAUGUAGUUAUGGGAUUGGAGGGGUCUUCCACAUGUGAGCAGCACAUGUGAAAGAAAAGGCAUGCCCUUCGGGCAAUGACUAAGCCAGAGGCCUAUUGACAUUAGGCAGCAGGUAUGGUUUCUCUCCCCAGAGGGUAAAGCCAUCAGACGGGGUCUCCUUUUGGCAACCUAAGGGAGUUAAGAACAUAAGAAGAGCCUGCUGGAUUAGGCCAAUCAGCUUCUUCAUCUCACAGUAGCCAACCAGAUGCCUAUAGGAAGCACACAGGCCGAACCUGAACACAACUCAUAAUGGCUAGUAUCCAUCCAGUCCACUUUCAGGAGACUGCAACACUAUUGUUUCCUUUAUUUACGUCAUAAAACUUACACACUGCUUGGUUGUGAAACCUCAGAGUGGUAUACAAAAAAUAUAAUGGCAAAGUCAAUAAAAGUUCAGAACCCUACCUUCAAAACAUACAAAAGUUGAAAUAUUAAAACAGAUUAAAAGUACCUCAACUUUCUAAGCAUCUGGGUAGGCUUGUCUGAACAAGAAUGUUUCAUGCAGGUGCUGGAAGAGUACAGUGAAGGAGCCUGCUUGAUCUCAAUAGGCUGGGAUCAGGAUGUUGAAUCUCCAAGGAGUUAUAAUUUACUGAAAUCCCUAUUUAGAAAUACUCCACUAAAUGAAUGAAUUGUUUAUAUCGCAGAUUUGAGCAAAGUGUUGAAGAUUUGAUUGCUUUCCAUUGUAGAGGUAAAAAGUAAACUAGAUGUCAGGCAUGCUAUGAAAUUAGGAGCUGGAUUUAUCCUGAACAGCAAUCAAAAGUACUGAUCAGUGGUCUAGGUUGAACCAUAGCUGGAAGCUUAGAACAUAGCUGCUUGGGUGGCAUAACUACAGGUUGUGAUAAUUGUGUGCCUUGCAGCUAUGUCAUUGAACUUCUAAAAAUUAAUCAUAAGCACAGUGGAAUGGGCGAUUUCCGUUGAUUCUACAGUUCUUCAGGAGAGGAGGUUUAAUCUUCUCCUUCCCUUCUGUGAUCCCAAUAGAAAUCCCCUCUCCCUAUGCUGCCUUUAGUGAUUGGGGGCCGACAACUUCCACCAAAAGGGCUUCCACCCUCCAUUGGUACCAAUAGAAGUUUCCCCACUCCAUUACUAAAUGGAGCAUGGGGGGUUAUUUUCACUGGAAUAGCAGCUGGUGAGGGAAGAAUUAAAUCUCCCCCCCUCAUAUGCUGCAGUCCUGGAGGAAAUCCAGAAUCCAAAAUUCCAACAUUGAUGCAAGCUGAGCAGUUAGCGUAACACAGAGUUAAGUCUCUGGUGUUGGUGGUAUAAAAUAUCCUGCAGUGUGACUGCAUUACUAGGGUUAGAAAUCAUUUGUGUUACUGUCACAUGUUGUUUCAUUUUUUAAAGGUGCUUUUGUAAGCUCUGUUUGGAAUACUAAAUGGAACAAUUUUGUAUUGGUGGGCUGGGCUCUGCUUUCACAGCUCCUUCUCCUUGCCUCCUGCAUCCAUGUGAAAAUGGAGCCACUUGUCAGGAUCUUGGCAACAGCUAUUUGUGCACAUGCCCAGCUGGCUACACAGGAAGGCACUGCCAAUCAGGUAAACGCAUAGAAAGGUAAUGCCCCAUAGUCAGCUGUGAAAGGUCAUCUGUCCUAGUACAAUGGGCCAUGCCAACGUUUUCAAUUCUUUUAAAAAGCAAAACCAUUCAGCUAAUGUUCUGGACUGCUUCCGCAGGUUUUUGGAAGUUCUGUCUGAAAAUUUCAGCUUCUGUGAAAUUUGUGUAAGGCAGGUUGGAACUUGCAGCUCGGAUCCAUGCUAAUUAUUUGCAGCACCACAAACUGCAUUUGGGAGCUAAGAGCAGUGUCUCUUGGAACAAAUGAUGCUAACCACUGAAGGCUUGCCCUGGCGACAUUAAUUUUAGAGGCUGGCAUUGCAGUUUUUGCUUCUCUGAUGAAGGCAGGCCACAGCAUGAGAACUUUUCUAACGUAACUCAGUAAGUCGCUCACACAAAAGGGAAUGUCCUUUUAGGUUCUGUGUGAAGAACUAGGCCUUCACUAUCCCCAGUGCUCUCAUCAGGGCAGAGCCCUUAUUUACAUCAGUGUUAAUUGUGCAGCUCAUAGACUAUAUAACAAAUGCAUUGCUCUAUAACCUUUCUUCUUCCUUCUUUUCCUUAUAGAGGUAGACUGUGGUACCCCCAAGGAGGUGAAGCAUGCCCAGGUGGCAUUUAACUCCACUAAGCUAGGCUCUCUGGCAGAAUACCGGUGUGAUCUGGGUUAUGUUCUCAGUCCCCAGAAUAACCCCAGGGUGUGCAGAACACAAGGCGUCUGGAGUGACCCUCCAGAGUGUAACGGUAACUUGAUUUUGUAUUUGAGUGAGUGAGUGAGUGAUCAGGUCCUUUUCAACUUCAAGCAACAGUUUCUGGUGACCUUAAUAUUUCAUCAGAACUAUAGUACUGUACUCUUCAGUGUCUGAUACCUGCCUAUUGUUCUUGUGAGAAGACAAAGUGGAACCAGACCACUGCCAGUUUUGGUUCCUGUGAUUAUUCCGGAGUUCUUACGGUCUUGUGUAUCUUGGAAGUCUUGGAGUUGAUAAAAGGAGAGAGGAAAAUCCCCUUGGGGAAACCAUAGCACUUCUCAAGCUUAAGGAAACGAUAAGGCAGAUAAGCCAUUAUAAAAGAACAAUAGGGGCAAGCUGGGCAAAGCUGACAUAGCCCAUACUGUGAAAGGGAAGCAACCCCUCUUGACCAGCAGCUAACGGGCAGCAUGUUGCCCCUGACUAGUGGUGCUUACUGUGUGACUAGAUUUGUGUUUGCACCUCUGGUUCCUGUUAUCCCCGGUUCCCAUGCUGCAAUGGGAGGGGUUGUUUCUAACAUGCACCGUUUCUAAUGUGUAGGCUGCUCCAAUCCACAUGCCCUGGCACAUAAGGGAGGGGUGUGGGUGUCUGUGUCUCUUUCAGGGCUUUUAUGGUUUUCCAUUACAGCUAGAUGGUCAUCACUGAGAGCCAGUGUGGUGUAGUGGUUAAGAGCGGUAGACUCAUAAUCUGGUCAACCAGGUUUGAUUCCCCACUCCUCCACAUGCAGUUGCUGGGUGACCUUGGGCUAGUCACACUUCUUUGAAGUCUCUCAGCUCCACUCACCUCACAGAGUGUUUGUUGUGGGGGAGGAAGGGAAAGGAGAAUGUUAGCCACUUUGAGACUCCUUCGGGUAGGGAUAAAGCAGGAUAUCAAAUCCAAACUCUUCUUCUUCUCCCCUCUCUGUUACAGAAAUUGAUGAAUGCAGAUCUCAGCCGUGUAUGAACGGAGGCUUGUGUAAAGAUCGAAUUGCCACUUUCCUGUGCUUGUGCAAAACUGGCUAUACAGGACACCACUGUGAGUUGGGUAAGAGAAUGUGCAAGUAUGUGUGCCAGAAAGUCGCAUGACGUUGUUGCCCAUAGCACCACAUCGGUGCUAUGUCAGGGCGUACCAUCAGUGUUACCAUAAGCCCCAUUGAGAAAGCCCUGGCCCGUGAGGGACUUAACAUCGAGCCAUUUCUGAACCAGGAUUAUUUCCUAGGAGAUUUGCUGUGGCCCAGAGAUUCAGCAGCAAAGUUGCAGCUGGAACAUCUGAGGACUGGUGGGGAGGCUUCUAAUGCUUUUGCUCUCCCAACACUUCCUGCAUCUGCCACUGGCACUAGAUCCUGUGAGAGUCAUAAGCAGCAGCAGCAGCUUAAGAAACCCAGUGAGGGACUAACAUCUGGUUGCUUCAACAAUCCAUCCCAGGCCAGUAGCUCCAGCUGCAGAGUGGCAUUUGUCAAAACACUGGAGAACUGGGGCGUGUGUGUGCGCACCGUUGUAAUGUUGUACUGUUGUGUGUUCAAUGUUUUUAAAUAAGGACUUUGGUUAGGGAGGCCGGGUACACAUAAACCUAAAAUAAAAAUGUAUAAUUCUUUUUAGAGUACUGUGGUUUUCAGAGUAAUGUAGCUUUUGAUUUUAUUUAUUAUUUAAUUAGUUCCAAUAUUUAUAUACUACCUAACGACAAAGUCCUCUGGGCGGUUAACCAAAAUACAAUAGGAGACAGAAUAAAAUCAGCAAUAGAGAAUUGCAUCCAGCAGAACAAAUAGAAAAAGCAGUCAAAGAAAUAUUUAUGACUGAAAAUUUUGAAUUCAGAAAGGACCAGGAAGAUUUUAGCAAGGGACCUGCCUUUCUAUAUUAAGGUUCAGCCACCUGCGGAUUGGGAAUGCUAAAAGACAAGAAGAGUUUUGCUGCAUCAGGCUAAAAGUCCAUCUAGUCCAGUAUCCUCUUCCCACAGUGGCUAUCCAGGUGUUUUUGGGAGUCCCGCAAGGAGAACCUGAGUGCAACGGCACUGUUCCUACCUCUGAAUCCUAGCAACAGGCAUGCAGAGGUAUAAUGCCUCUGAAAGUGGAGGCAAAUCCUUUAUUGAGAUGGUCUUUGUAUAGCAGCUAUAGUAUAAGGAGGCAUUAUCAACAGCAAGCUUCCCCUUCCUCCUGACAGCAGUGAAGAGAUUUAGAUGUGCAGUUGCAGGUGGAAGGCCCACUUUGGGCUAGGGAUGAGAGAAUGAGGAGAUGGGAGAAAAGGGCAAAAGCAGAAGUGAUACUGAUAGGUAGAGUCCAAAGGAAAAUGAAUAGCCUUUACUGGAUGAAUAUUUGGUGAAGGCCAGUGGAUGAAGUCUGAUACGGCCCAUAUGUCAGUGUCAGUUUUAUGCAGAGAUCUGUCAUUAUAAAUUAAUAGAAAGAGUUUCUGGAACCCCAAGGCCAUUUGAACUAGAACACUGAAACUUAAUAGCUUUCUGAACUUUUUCACAGCCUGUGCUAGUUAUUUCUGCUGCCACCAGAUUUAUACUGCUUUAUUAUCUCUGCUUUAAAUAUCUACCUUUUAAUAUUUAAUAAUAUAUGUAUUUUCCCGUUGCUACUUGUUUUGAUGUUUCUUACGGUUUUUACACGUGACCUAAAACAAUUCAGUAAACCGGGGGGCAGGUUUGAAGUAAAAUUUAAAACCCCAUGCAUUUGUGAGAUGCAGUUUUUGUUGCACUGCAGAAGGAGAGUUAUAUUUCUCAGUAUUAAUUUGCCAGAACAGGCUGUGCACCACCUCCAAAGUUAACCCACCAGUAGUACUUCUUCUGUCUUGCCUGGAUUGAGAUUGUGUGUAUUGGCUGCCAUCCAACCAAUUACAGUUGUGUGAGUAAUGUGAAUGAAUGGGUGUACAUCAUAGUAUAUAGGGGAGUGGAUGCAGGGGAUGCUGAUGAAGGGUUAAUGGUAGUCCACUUAGGUUGCUGGCUUGUUGAGGUAGCUGUGAUAAGUGUUGUGGUGGCCCAGUUGAAUGCAUACAGGUCUUGGUCAUGAUGGUGAGCGCCAGGAAACUAAGGCUACUUAAAGUUUAGCAGGAUUGCAGUUCAGAUAAACUGUGCCAAUUAGGCUUCUACUCUGUGUGCUCUCUACAUAAAUCUGAGUGCUUUUAAAGCUGUGUACACACUAUAUAGUGUGCUGGACUAUGCUGGAUUUCGUCAUCAAUGCUGGCCCUUGUGGAAAGAUAACUGCCUAGGUAGGAGAAGUGAUUGACAUUUUUCAACGUUACACCAUCAAGUUGGAUUUGUGGCACUGCAGAGGGGUUAUUUUGUACUUGUUGGUGCAGCAUUUUGGUUUUUUGGAUGUUGAGUGAUAGGCCAAGCUUUUCAUAAGCUUCUGCAAAGAUAUUUAGGCUGGUUUGGAGGUCAUCCUCUGAGUGUGCGCACACUAUGUUGUCAUCAGCAUACUGAAGCUCUAUGACGGAAGUUAUGGUAACCUUAUUCUUUGCUUUUAGCCUGCUCAGAUUGAAGAGCUUUCCAUCUGUUCAAUAUAUGAUUUCUACUCCCGUGGGGAGUUUCCCUUUGACAAAGUGUAGGAUCAUGGCAGUGAAAAGAAUGAAUAGUGCUGGGUCAAUAACACAACCCUGUUUAACAACAGAUCCCACUGUGAAUGGUUCACUUUGAGAGCCAUUGUUAUCUGCGAUUGUUGCUGUCAUAUUAUCAUGGAGGAGCUGAAUGAUGUUUACAAAUUUAUCUGGGCGGCCAAUUUGCAGAAGGACAGUCCACAGGGCAUUACGAUUUACAGUGUCAAAAGCCUUAGGUCAGUAAAUGCCAUAUGCAGGGGUUGGUUUUGCUCUCUGCAUUUUUCUUGAAGCUGUCAAGCGGUGAAAAUCAUGUCCACUGUCCCCCUAGAAGGCCAAAAACCAUUUUGGGAUUUAGGAAGGGUCACCUCGGAUAUUGUUAAGAGACAGUUUGCUAAGAUCCUUGCAAGAAUUUUGCCAGCUGCAGCUAAUAGAGAGAUGCCUCAAGAGUUUCCGCAAUCAGUUCUGUCACCUUUUUAAAAAGAGAUUGAUAAUUUUGGCAUCCCUAAAGUCUUCUGGGAUCUCUUCUCUUUCCCAGAUUUUUUUUCGAUGAGCUUGUGAAGUUGUUGUGUAAGUUCAAUUUCACCCACUUUGAAGAUUUCAGCAGGUAUCCCAUCAGGUCCACUAGCUUUGUUCUUUUUCAUUUGGUUAAUAAUCUCCUAUCUUCCAAUGAACUGGAAAGGGGUAACAUAAAACAAAACGAUGCUUUUUAAAAAGCCACAUUGACCGAUUAUGGGGAAAAUAACAAUGUCAUUGAUAUACCCAAGUCAUCUUCUUGGGAUAUGGUAUAGAAAGGCCCAUCUUGCUAGAAACCGUGCCUUAAAAUAUGGUGGGGGGGGGAUAAACUUUAUUAUGUAACAAUAUUUCAAUUAUGUUGCUUAAUAACAUCGCCUUGUUUCUCUGUGGAACGACUUUGUGACUGGGAGGGGAAAUUGGCAAAAGCAAGCUUUGGAUGAUCAGUGAUCUCUUUCAUGAGAGUGUUUUCUUUAAACUUGCUGAACUGAGUAACAGGGGAAGACUGCAUAACUUCCCAUUAUAUUCAUAUUUUCAGAUAGGAAAAAUUCUGUUUUCAGGUAUGAGAAAUGAAGACACAAAACCAAGCCCAAGCCCUUAAUACAGUUGACAUAGAAAGCCCUGCCUUCUGACAGGAAUGGAAGGAAUGGCAUGGAACACACCUACUUGCUUAUUAAAGAAUGGAGUAACGCAGGCUUGAAGAAAUGCCAUUGUCUAUUAAUUAGGGGGAGGGGGUGCAAUAUAAAAACAGCCAGUUGGUUCACUAACCAAUUUUUUAUAAUGCAGUAGUUAUUAAUUUUCUUUAUUCAUAUAAUACAUUCCUAUCAAUUCUAAAAUACUUUUUAACUUGCAUAAUGCUUCAUUUACAAACUCUUAUUUGUGCUUGCAAACAGGAUGUGAGAUGUGAGGUUUAUUAUUCUCUAUAGCCUUUGGAAAUCCCUUUCCUAAGGUCAAUUAUUAGUGCUAAUGUGCUCUUAAAUAUGACUGUUCAUUUCUUAGGACGCAGUGUUAGGAGUUCUGGGUGUCCCUUUCUCUUUUUCCAUCCCCACCUAAAAGCUGCUUUAUGCAGAGCUGCUACCUUUGUAGGGUUUCUUCCCAGCAACAAUAAAAUAGCCUCUUACCCUGGUGUCGGGGACCUUUUGGUGAAUCCUGUGUGCUGUUACCAGGCAAGGCUAUAUCUGUUAAUGAAAUGAUAAUUGUAAAGCAUCAUUUGGUGAAGUACUGUAUUUUUCAAUGUAUAAGACGCCCCCAUGUAUAAGAUGCCCCCUACUUUGGGGGACUCCAAAUUAAGAAAACACCCCUCAGCACUACCCGUGUAUUAGACGAGCCCCAAUUUUAAACCUACUUUUUUGGUUUUAAAAGAAAAAAACUAGUCUUAUACACAGAAAAAUACAGUAAUUGCUGUAUAAAUGUUUGACAUCAAACCUCCCUGCAACCCCAUUGCUCUUUGCAAAAAUAAAUAUUAAUUAAUGUACUGUAAACAACACUUACACCAUCAUAUAGCUACAGCUGCCAAGAGUUAAAAUUAUCUUGCUUCUCCCCUCUUCCUGCCCCACUAUUUUUGCAGAAUUAAAACUGUUUUGCCACAACAGAGUUUAAGACGAGGAAGAAAAACAUAAAGUUCUCCACUUUCUACCCCAUUACUGCUGGUUUUCUACCUUUGAUAGUGUUGUUGUGCUGAUGAAGUCACUGUACUGCUCCCUCUCUCCCUUCUGCAUUCUCUACAGAGAUUGAUGAAUGCCUGUCUGAUCCAUGCAAGAAUGGUGGGACCUGCACAGAUCGACCAGGAUCCUUUGCCUGUCAUUGUCCUGAGGGUUUCAUUGGAACUCAGUGUGAAACGGGUAAAUAGUCUGUUGACCCUUCUUGGAACUUCUAUCACUACUUCCUACUAGCAAUUCAAGAUCACUGGAAUCUCCCAAAUAUCCUUAAACUGCUCCAUCUGUUCCACUGGUACUAACAUAUCCCACUUUCUUUUAGUAUAAAUUUCUUAAUAUUGGUAACAGUUCAGGUUCAAAGGCAAAGCUUUGGAAGAGGUUAUUCUUGGAAAACCUGAGUUAUUUUCUUUAACCAAUUCAGCUGCCAUAGGCUGUGUGAGCCUCACAGCCUAUGUGGACAUAACAGUAGUCAUACGGAAGUUAACAUUGCUCUAACCCAUAGAAAAUGCUAUUUAAAGACCUUUCUAACUCAGAAGGUUUCAGAUGGCAUGGUGUCAUGCACUAGCUGGCUAAUACACAUUAUCAACUUUAAAAAAUAGCAAGGUUAUUCUUUUCCUCAAUUCGGAUCAAAGCUGGCUUGCGGGGGAAACAUCCAAAUGCUGCAUUUCAUGAUAGAAUAGAUACAGCAUAGAUAGGGACGCGGGUGGCGCUGUGGGUUAAACCACAGAGCCUAGGACUUGCCGAUCAGAAGGUCGGCGGUUCGAAUCCCAGCGAUGGGGUGAGCUCCCGUUGCUCAGUCCCUGCUCCUGCCAACCUAGCAGUUCGACAGCACGUCAAAGUGCAAGUAGAUAGGUACUGCUCCAGCGGGAAGGUAAACGGUGUUUCCAUGCACUGCUCUGGUUCGCCAGAAGCGGCUUAGUCAUGCUGGCCACAUGACCCAGAAGCUGUACGCCGGCUCCCUUGGCCAAUAAAGUGAGAUGAGCACCGCAACCCCAGAGUCGGUCAUGACUGGACCUAAUGGUCAGGGGUCCCUUUACCUUUACUUAGAUUGUGGCUAAUGUUGUAGAUAGGUGUACGCAGCCAAGGUCUCCCCAUGGAAGCAACUCAUCUGUAGUGAGUGGCUAUGGUCUAAUAAGAGGUAUGCAAAAUCUUGAACAGGAAAUUCUGUAACUCAGAAGUAAAUGGUUUGGUGCUGCAUGUAAGCAGCAAUUAGACAGGCUUAAGGAAACAUGCCACCAUCUAUCUUGAAUUUCUGCUGAUUUCUUAUUUACCGGGGAGAUUAAUAGACUGUGCAGAUGGAUGGCCCCAGGGAGGGUUUUCACGUGGAGCUAAUGCACUGUACUACAGCAGGCAUCUUUGCAAGGGAUUCUCCACCAGAUGCAGAGUCAUCCUCUUAAUUCCAUGUGACACCUCCUACAGAUAUCUGAGUGAGUGUAUUUAUGCCCUCCAGAAGUGGAUGCCUGUGAAUCAAACCCUUGUCGGAACGGAGGAGAUUGCGAAAAUUACAGUGGCUCCUACCUGUGUGUCUGCCCAGAGGGCUUCUUUGGCUACCAUUGUGAAAUAGGUAAGCUGAUAUAGAAUGGGAGCACACGUAGUACAUGCAAAGGUUCUUAGUAGCCUUUUAGGAAAGGUAGAUGUGGGGGGAGGGGGACAGUAUUUAGUCUGAUCCUCUCCUGACAUAUUUUCCUAAGGGAGCCUGCACUGUCUUGAAGAACCACUGUUCUGAACUGUUCAUUUUACACUUCUUCCCCAGCUAGUGACCCCUGUUUCUCCAACCCCUGUGGGAGCAGAGGCUACUGCCUGCCCAGUAACGGAUCUCACAUCUGUACCUGCAAAGUGGGCUAUACUGGCAACAACUGUGAGAAAGGUAAAAAAGCCAUUUCCAUAGUUGUCUGAAAUAGAGUCAUUGCUAACCAUGCUGAUCCCAGAAAAUGGUAGACAUAUAGCAGGCAAUAAAAUCCUUUUAAAAUAGUUUGGGGUUUUUAAUUGAGUUUUUCAAAAUGAAUAACAUCACUUUUUAUAUUUUACAAAUAACAGUAGUAAACUACAAAAGAAAAGGAAGAAAAACACAACAUUCAAACCGACAUUGUAUUUUACAAAACGCAAAGCAAACCUAUUCAGAAGGUGAUUAAAAUCAGCAUCAGCUUAAAAGAACUAAAACACAUGCAACUUCUAUAUGUCUAAACAUGCAACUUCUAUUUUUUCUAAACAAAAAAUGUUUUCAUCAGGCACCAAAAAGAAAAGAAUAAAGUGAAGGUGCCUGCCAGAUGUCAAUAGUCAGGGAUUUCUAAAGUGUAGUAGGUGAUGCCACAUGAAAAGACCAAUUUCUUACAAAUGCAGAACAAGUAUCACAUGGCACCUUAACACUGCCAGUUUCACAGAUCAAAUCAGCUGAAUGGGCAUAUAUGGUGUAAGGCAAUCCCAGAAGUAAACCGGUCCCAAGCUGUGAAGGGCUUCAUAUAUGUUUGUUGAAAGUUGGGUUACUUUGGUGAUUCUUGUCCAGUUGAACUGAACUGAAACCAGAAGAGAAUAUCAUUCAAGGAUCCAGUGCUAGAUCUUAAGAGUCAAAUGAGUAAACUAAUGGGAGCCAAGGGCUCACAGAACCUUGCUGUAGCAUUACUACCCAGUAUGAAUGCUCAUCAAGAACUUGUUCCCACUGGGGCAAAGUAGAUGAGCACAUUCCCAUCUGUUGUGCUCAUAAUGCACCAUGUGAUGUGGAUUCUCUUUGCAGAUCUGCAUACUCAGUAUCCCCUCAAAAAAGUUAUGAAAGUUAAUGCAGUUCAGAAUUCCAUAUUUGAAACACAGCAUGUUUAACGCUAGCAUUCUGCCAGUCUUGCCUUAAUAUAUUAAGUUUAUAUUAAUCAUAAACUAUGCAUUCCCCAACCUUGGGUCCCCAGGUAUUAUUGGACUUCAGUUCCCAUCAUUCUUGAUCACGCUGGGUGGGAAUGAUGGGGGUUGGAAUCCAACAGCAACUGGAGACCCAAGAUUGGGGAAGGCUGCCUUACCUGCUUCCUCUUGUAUGAAAAAUACAAUAAUGAGAUGAGGGAGGGCAAUAAUUCUGUUUGUUAACAUGUAUUAUGCUUCCUUUUCUUUCAUUUGCAUUGACACCCUGAAGAGCUGCUGCCACCAACGUCAUUAAAGGUGGAAAAGGUGGAGGAGACAGGGCUGACAAUCUCUUGGCGCCCUCCCAUGGACCCGGCUGCCAAGCAAAUGAUUGAUGGCUACGCCGUGACGUACGUAUCCUUCGACGGCUCUUACCGCUGGACUGAUUAUGUGGACCGAAGCCGUGCUGCCCACCAUUUGCGGGCACUAGCCUCCGGCAAAGCCUACAAUAUUUCUGUCUUUUCAGUCAAACGCAAAUCGAACAACAAGAAUGAUAUCAGCAGGCCCGUCAUGCUCGUCACUCGUACUAGUGAGUAGCUCAUUCAGCGGGAUAGAGUGGUGGGUGCAGAAAUGCCUGGCUCCAGCAGUGAGGCAACUGUGUUUGCAGGUCUCUUUCAGACCCAUAGAGGCACACAGCACGUUUCCCAAGCGAUAUGGAACAACAGAGCACAAUGUCUUUUGUUUAUAAGAGGAGUUUCUUCCCUACCAAUCCGGUGUCAUUGCUGUCACACAACAAAUUAAGUUUACAUAUUCAAAACACAAAAACAUUGGCCUGCACCCAUGAAUUUCCACUCCUCCACCCCCGGUACUUGUUCUCCUGCAGUGGCAUCUAUAGAAGUAAAAGUUGCUGUUAAAAAGAAAUACGUAGUGGAAGUUGCAUCUCCGAAACAAAACAAUUGCCACACCCCACACAAUUGUCACUCGAGAAACAUUUGUAGAAGAACAUCUUGUUUCUCAGUGUCUACUAAUCCUUUAAGUAUAAUGAUAUAAUAGAGUCCAGAAGAGGCUAAAUUGCUUGGAUUUUGCUUUAGGUGCAUAGCAAAUAUUGUAAAAGGAAGAAGGAGAAAAAAACGAAGGGGGAAAUGCAAUAUCCAUUCCCAUUAACAUGAAGAAUCCAACAAUCCAUUAAAAAGUUAAGAAUGAUGCAUCAGACGUAUUUAAACAUAUGCAUUUAUAUAAGCUAUUGAAAUUGGUGUCCAAAUGAGGUUGUUGAUUAUAAGAUACGUUCAGAUGUCAAAAUGGACAUAAGAUCUUCAGACCACUGAUAGAUGGUGGGUAUUUGGGUUUUUCUAGUGGUGUUUGAAAUGCCCCCAACAAGGUGUUAAAGUGCUUAUUCGUUGAUAGCACUCUAUGCCUAGCUUUCUUCGCUAAGCCAUCAGUAGUGGUCUCUGAACUAUAUGUAAUAGCUGGCUUUUUUUAUUUAUCUUUUUUUAAGCAUAGAAUUUCUAAGAAAAGGAAUAAAAAAUAUAGUGGAAUCACAACAGUGAAUAAUUCCUGUAUUUAACAGUGAUGCUCGUUUGGAAUGUAUGUUUGCUCAAAGUGGAGUCCUGGCGGGCAAGGGAAAUUCCAUCUAAUCAGAGAGUAUGAUUGAAUUUCUUUUUUUGGUAGGGAAAACAGAUGCCAACAAAAUGACAAAUGAUCUUGGGGAAGAUCUGCUUGUACUCUCUCUCCCCUCCCCCCCUUUCAAUUUUACUGAAUGCCCCCCCCCCCCGCCCCAAUGCCUCUCUAGACUUUAACAAAACAUGCAAGGAGCAUUCAGUAAAACUGAAAGACAGCAUAUUGAAACCUGAUGAAAGAAGAGGAUUUUAUACUCUUAUAACCUGCAACAAGAUAAUGAUUAAAAGCAAAAGGAGAGGUGAAGCAGAAAUUUUAUAUUAGGUAAUGAAACUGCCCUGAGAGAUGUCGCAAACAAUAGACUUUUUUUCCUAGAGGAGGGAAAAUAUCUCUGCCUCAAGGGCAUGAACUGAUAAAGCCAGAAAGAAACCACCCUGAGGGUAGAUUUACUGCAUAACUGUUAUUAUUUUACUCUGAAAUUGUUAGUGAUGCUCACUGUUUCGAAAGGACCACAUAGACCAUUGCGCCAAUCUCUUCUUCUAUUGUGCUGUACAUAUUUCUUGUCAACCAGCUGAAGUUGGAGGCCUUUAAUACAGAGCACACAUUAUGCUUAAAACCAGGCUUCCUCAACCUCGGCCCUCCAGAUGUUUUUGGCCUACAACUCCCAUGAUCCCUAGCUAGCAGGACCAGUGGUCAGGGAUGAUGGGAAUUGUGGUCUCAAAACAUCAGGAGGGCCGAGGUUGAGGAAGCCUGCUUAAAACCUCCUUACUGUAACAUGUAUAUCCCAUGAACUGUUGAGGGAGCUGAGAGUCUCCCAUCAUUCACCAUCAGAGACUUUUGCUGCUUUGUAAUCCUUUAAGAAUUAUAUGGAAAAGGCUUCACUGGUAGUUGUCCAUCAUCAGUUUAGCCUGUAACAAUCCAUUACUUUAGGCAUUUCCAUAUGCAAGUGUAGUUUCUCCCCCAUGUCAGUUAUGCCACUUUGUCAACCUUGAUGGGAUGGGGAUUGUACUGUUUCACAUGAUGGAACUAGCAGGAUUGGUUGAGUGACACUGACUGAAUCCUGGUGCACAGAUAAUUUAUAGGAAACAGUGCUGCAGAUUUGCCAUAUGCAAUCCUCUGUAGCCUUCUAACUCCUUCUAUAGCUUGUGGAUAUUUGCAUGCAUAUGGUGUGUGUUACUCCCAUACUAAUUAGCACCCUUUGCUUUUAACUACUUUCCUACUCACUUCUGCUUUAGUCCUACAGCAUUAAGUUGGCCACACAGGAAGCUGCCCAUCUGGACGGAGCCUUAGUUCACAGAUUUAUACCAUCAAGCUAUUUUUUAAUGCUCUUGGGCAAUCAGCUGGUUAACACCACAUCGGCAGAUCUCAGUUUGACAAAUCACUUAGCGUAUUCACAGGAACAUCUUGCUGUUACCAGUCAAGAACAAGCCAAACGCUGUACAUGGUUCAUACAUAGCAAGCCCUUCAUCUCCCUCACCACUAUGAGGUUAUAUGGAGCCUGUAAAUAGAAGAAAUCAUGCUUUGAAUACGUACGGUGGCAGUGUGUGCUGAGAGAGCCUGCCUUGAUGUCUGGGGCAUUCUGUGGUUUCUAUAAAUUGUAGGUUUAUCCUGGCUAUGCUAAUCCUGUGUGUGAUUUGGCAUUAAAGCUCUUUUAGGUAGGGAUUAGCUGUAUUGGACUCUGCUGCAUGGGAAGCAUAACUCACCCUUCCUAGGCAUUGCCAUCCAUGUGGGCUAAGGAGCUCAAGGUGGCAUGCAUGGUUCUCCUCCAUUUUAUACUCACAGCAACCUGGAGAAACUAUGACUGGUCCAACAUCAACUCUAUGGUUCUAUCACCUAGUGAGCUUUAUGGCUGAGUGGGGAUUUGAACCAUGGUCUCCCAGGCCCUACCUUUAACACUAACCACUACGAACACCAACUUUACUAAGUGACUGUGCCAUAUGGUGUCUUAUGGGUGACCCUUGAAUGCAAAGAAGGGUCCCAUGAGGUUGCAAGAUGCCAUGUCCUAUACUCCCAGUAAGGGAGGGAGCCCUCUGCUUUAGAAGUCCUGCCAGAAAGCCCAGACUGACCCUUUUCUUCUGUAGGAAACUACUGAGAUGAGAAGGAGGCCUCCAGCGGGGCAGGGCUCACCCACGAGGAUCAAGUGAGUGUGUCCCUGUCAAGUGGGGUGAGUCGUAACCGCCUCCUGCCUUUCCCCUCUCUCAUCCUGCCAGGACCUCACCCAGUGGAGGGAUUUGAAAUUGCCAAUGUGACUGCCACAACCAUUACUGUGCAAUGGGCUCUCCACAGGCUCAAGUACGCCACGGUCAGCAAGGUGCGGGUGUCCAUACGGCAACCGGAUGAUGUGGAGGAUCGUGCUGUGGAGUUAAACAAUACAGUGACAAAAUACACAUUCUGGUGAGCAAGAAGCAAGAGACUUUCUGGGGGUGGAGGGAGGGAGGUGAUGGUGAAUGAAAGUAGGUCAAGUGGUGGCUUGUUACUUAGUCAUUCAGUGGUGCUGGGAGGCAAUGAAGAACAUUAGAGGACUCUGCUGGAUUCGGCCAUUGGCCUAUCUAGCCCAGCGUCCUGUUCUCACAGUGGCCAACCAGAUGCCUGUGGGAAACCUACAAGCAGGACUGAGUACAAGAGCACUGUCCCUUCCCUUGGUUUCCAUUGUGGUCCUGAGCUAUUUAAGGCUUUAUAGGUCAAAAGCAGCACUUUGAAUUAGGCCUGGAAACUAAUCGGCAGCCCAUGCAAUCAAGCCAGGAUUGGUGUUAUUAAUGCUCAAACAGUCUUCCCUGCUGAGCAACCUGGCUGCUGAAUUUUGCACCAGCUGAAGUUUCCAAACCGUUUCCAGAAGCUGCCCCAUGUAUAAUAUGUUGUCGUAAUCUAACCUAGAGGUUGCCAGAGCAUAGACAACAGAAUUUAGGCUAUCCCUGUCCAGAUAGGGGUGCAGCUGUGCUACCAAGCUGGUGGAGGGCACUCCACACCACCAAGGCUGCCUGAUCCGCAAGCGACAGCAAUGAAUCCAGAAGUACCCCCAAGUUAUAUAACUGCUCCUUCAGAGGAUAUGUAACUACGUCAAGAUCAUGCCACUUCCCAUCCAUUUGGUCUAGGGAAAUGCCCACUAACAGUGCCUCAGUCUUAUCUGAAUCAAGGCAAGACCACAGUCCAGCACAUCCACAUAUACAGAUGUAAAGGAGAAGUAGAGUUUUGUUUGACAAUAUACUUCAAAGCAUCAGGUGACCCCACUCAACAAUUCCAUGUAGAUGUUAAGCAGCAUGGGGGAUAAAAUUGAACCCUGAGGAACCCCACAUUAAAGGCUCCAUGGGGCUGAAGAGCACUCCCCCAACAUCAUCCUCUGGAAAUUAUCAUCAAAGUAGGACCAGAACCACUGCAAAGUAGUGCCACCAAUUCAGGCAGCUGCUCCAGAAGGUUACCAUGGUUGAUGGUAUUGAAAGCAACUGAGAGGUCAAGGAGAAAUUAACAGGGACACCGUCUCUCUCUUGCCAGAGGUAAUAAUCAAAAAGGGUGACCAAGCAGUUUCUGUGCCAAAACCAGGCCUAAAUCCCGAUUGAACUGGAUCUAGAAAAUCAGUUUCCUCCAAAAGCGCCUGGAUCAGGUCUGUGACCACCUGCUCAAUAACCUUAACCAAGAAAGGGAGAGUGGCAACUGGUCAGUAAUGACUUAAGAUUUUACCACGGCCACCUUCAAGCAGGCAGGGACCACCCCCUUUUGCAAGGAGGCGUUAAUCACCUCUCUGGCGCAGGCAGCUGCUACUUUUUUUAUCAGCCAAGAGGGACAAGGGUCCAGAGUACAAGUGGUCACCCUGAUGGAUCCACACACCUUGUCCAGAUCCUUAAGCCUUACCACAUGAAACACAUUCACCAUAACAAGACUAGACUGUACUCUGGACACCUCUUGAGAUUCAUCUGUUCUAACAGCGGAGUCAAUUGAUUUUAUCCUCAAAAUGCUUUGCAAACAAGUCACAGUGAGCUACUGUCGGUUCUGCUACUUCCUUUGGGCCAGACUGUACUAUCUGGAAAAGCUCUGCCAGAUGGCAUAGUGAGGAUGCAGUGGAGGCAGCAAUAUAUGGCUACUUUGCUGCCUUCACUGCUACUGCUAGGCUAGAUGAUGAGCCCUCACCGGGGUUUUCUUCCACUCGCGUUCAAGCCAUCUCCCAGCUUGUUUCAUUGCCCUAAGCUCCGAGGUAUAACUUGAGACUCUUCAAUUAGAAAGAAUUUGAGGCUCAGAUGGGACGGAAAGGAAUUUGGAAUUGACAUUGCUUUCAGGUAUUUGCCUCAUGCAUUCAACAGCUCUCUGUGUGCAGUAGAUAUUUGUUCACAUUUCUAUCUGAGUGGGUAGUUUAUGCAAGUCUCUGACUCAGCAGCAGUCAAUAAGCUUGUUCUUUGUUCCCAAAUCAUAGCAUCUGACUGAGACUUACCCAGCGUAUCUAAUCUUCCAACAGGGACCUUCAGCCAGGGCAGAAGUAUCUUAUUCACAUGUGGACCUUGAGUGGCCUCAGUGCAGAAGACCAUCCCACUGAGAGCUUUGCUACUGCACCCGUCUACGUGUGGACACGUGAGUUUGAUAGAAAAUUCCCCGACUUGCUUCUUGCCACCCCACCUUUAUUGCCCACUAACCAACUUUUUAAAAGCACUUUUCCCCCUGUGGUGAAUCGUACUUGGCCUGAGCAUUAGGUUCAGAGUUGGAGCUCAAAAUGCUUAAGGGAGAGUCAGGUACAAGAGUCCUAUUUAACAACAAACUCCUAUAGGCUAUGUACCAUACUACUUUUCAUUAAUAUAUGUUCAGAAUAACUGAAAAGCUCUUUUCCAUGUGUGUAUAUGUCCAUUUUAUAUUUAAUAUUGCACAACUGCAACUAUCAAACUUUUUUUGCUAGAUUUUUGAAGCACUUUAAGGAGGUACCUGCUAAAUCUGGAAACUUCCUUUUGCAAGUGCAACUAGCAGUUCUAGGGUAGAGGGUUUUUUUCUCUCUGCAGAGCUGUUACAGGCAUCCUUUGGAUAGUGCCUAUGACAGUCCCUCCUUUGCCCCCAUGUCUCUGAACAGUUUCUCUUUCUUCUCUGGGAACGCAAUGCCCGUUUCCUGGUAGAAUCCCAAUGGCCAAAUAACAACUGAGCCACCCAGAGGCUUGCAGCAGGGUAAGAGGGCACUUUUGUUUAACCAUUUGAGAAAGCAUGGUGGAAAGAGAACAGUUUUGCCUCCAAGGGCUCCGUGCCCUUGUUUCAACUGCCCAGUGGAUAAGAAGAAUAAAGUGCAAUUGAAAGGAAUUCCACAUUGCUCUUCCUCCUUCUCCCUGAACAGGACCUCUUCCUCCUAGAAACCUCACGGCAUCCAGAGUCACAGCCACCUCUGUUCAGAUGGUCUGGGACCAGCCCCUGGUUGGCACAGUGGAAGGUUACAUCAUCAAUGUCACCACCAGUCAAAGUGUGAAGAGCCGCUACGUGCCCAAUGGGAAGCUAUCUUCCUACACAGUGCGUGACCUGAACCCAGGUCAAAGAUAUCGCUUAUCAGUGAUGGCUGUUCAAAACACAGAUCAAGGACAAGUAACUAGCGAGCCUGCCCACCUGUACAUUACGGCCUGUAAGUCCAGCCUCCCAUUCCCCAUGUUCAUAGCUUCCUGCAAGCCUUUUGUUUCUUUUGUAAUAUGACAUUAUGUGGGCCCUAGCCUCUUAGGAUGUCAGCAUGUAUAUUCAACAUAUCAUCAUAUCAUGAGAGGGAGAGAGAGAGAUCCAUCUACAGCAAAAGAUAAUGUUCUCUGUGAUGAGGAAUUUUCUAAGCGAGAGCAGAGAAUAUCCAUUUUACAUGCUGCUGCCCUGGGGAUAUGUGAGUGAGCAAGAAACAAUUAAUUACAAAAUUAGAAAGGUCCUCUUUAACACCCCCCUUGCUUUUGCUCAUUUUGAAUUUAAUAUCCUUGCAGAUAUUAAGAGAGCAAGUAAAUUGUGGUUUUUCAACAAAAAAUCAGCCAAGAAAGAGGGCUGAAUCCAAUUAGAAUUGUGACCUUCAGAGGACUUAACCCAUUCCCACAGUACUGUGCUGUCUGCUAUUUUGUUGGUGUGGGAGCAGGGUCAUUGAGAAAUAAAACUACCACCACCACUGCACCAAAGCCUAAUCAUAGCUACACAACCACUGCUGUAAACAUUUUUUAAGGGAGUGGGAGAUUCAGCUGGAGAGGGGCCUCCAAGGAAGAUCUUAUUAUGUGGGCAGGUUCAAGUGGAAAGAGGCAGUCCCUGAGGUACUUGGGUCCUAAGCCAUUUAAGGCUUUAUAGGUCAAUAGAAGUACCCUAAAUUGUACCUGGAGAAGGAGUUGGUGUAGCUGUAUUAAAGCUGGCAUGAUUCACCCAGUCCCAGUAAAACAUGAUAUUCUCUGGUCUGCAGUGCAGAAGGAUGGCACCCCAGAAAGGCGCUGGAGCCAAACAGGGCAUCCCCGUGUGCUGAGAAACCGGGUCCCCCCGGCGUUCCUGCCAGAACUGCGUCUGCUUGCUGAUCACAAUGCCCCUGGGGAACCCUCACAAGCACCUAGGUAAAGAAUGGGGCUCAGUUGCCAUGCAAAACGAAACAGAUUACACAUUGUGACUCAUGAGGUGCUGAAAUCGGAGUAUGUCAGUUCAGCUGACACUGUAUGGGAAUGUCCAAGUGUUUUUCUUUUUAAAGGUUUACAGAGCUAGUGGAUGGCAGAGGGAGGAUCACCACUAAAUUCAGCAACUUGCCCAGUAGAUCUGUCACUGUGAGAACACGUAAGUGCCCUUCAUCCUCCCUACUUGUAUUCUUUGUCUCCUAGCGGUGCACUAAUCCUCAGGCUAAGGUAUUGUUGGCUUCCUUUUUUAGAACCUGAGGCUCCCAUGAAAGUGGAAGAAAAUGGGGAGGAAUCAACCAAACAGGUCAGCCAGGCACUGCACCUCUCAGAACCUGAGAACAGCAAGAGGGAAAGUAAGUUUAAAGAGAUAACGAGCAUCUCUGGAAUAAUCCAGAAGUCAAAGAUGGUACAAGGCCACACAAAUAAAACGCACAAAUAAAAUAUAAGUCCGCUAAAAAUGAAAAUACACUUAAAAGCCUGGGAUAGCAUCUUUGCCUGGCACCAAAAGAAUAACAAUGUUUGCAACAGGGGAAUUCCACAAAUGGGUUGCCAUCCACCUUCCACCGGAGAAACACCUCAAGGGACAGGCACUUAUUGCUUUAGGGGGAAAUAGCUUUGUUGUGAUAAUAAUUAGGAUUACUCUCUUGUUCUAAAGAAAUAGUAAUUGCUGGAUGAGCCCAGCUAGAGAUAGAACUUCUCUCCUUUUUAUUAUGUGUCAUAUACUCUCACUGCUACUUAAACCACCAGUCAGUCUAGUCUAGUGUUCUUUGAUAGGAUCUCACUGAUGAGCAGGCUCUUGUGAAUUGAACAGUGGACCAUGAUCUUACUACUACUCAAUCCAAAUAUAUAUAUAUUGUCUAGAACAUUUUUGUAGGCAUAACACUAAGGAGGUUAAAGGAGGAUAUCUUGCUGCUGUAUGUGUAAUCCUGAACGAUAUGCACUGGGAUUGAGUAUUGGUCUCUGUAUAUACCCUGAUGGGAUGUCAUGUGGAGCAUAAACUACACUAACAAAUUGAACAACAACGGGCCAUGUCUGAUCAGUAGUGACGUUCACAGGGAUAUAGAAAGGAACAGCAAGAUAAAAUUAUGCAUAGCCUGUUAAACUGUAAUAAGCUUCUGUUUUAAUAGAGACACAUGUAAGGAUGUGCACAUGUAUUUGUCAUUAACAAUAAAGUGCACUUCUUGAAUACUGUUUUUUUCUGCAAGAAAAUUGUCUCUUAGGUGACAAGUUAUCUUGGGGACACUUCACAGACAGUCCUAAGUUUUAGCUGGAGCAAGGGGAGAAUCUUUCCAGUAACUAAGAACUAGGGAUUGUUCCUUUUGAUGUGUACAUUACAUUGCACUUUUCACCUCUAGCAAACAAGUUUUGUAUUGUUUAAAAAAAACAAUAGAAGUGUGUGUGCACGCAAAUGACUUUUUACUUUCUCAAACACUUUUUUUUACUCCUGCUUUUUUCCAACUAGCAUGUGGGCAAACUAGUCAUAUACAAGGUUGUUCUCUGGCUUGGACUAACUCAUGAUCCCAGCUUGGGCACUUGCAUGGUUGGCUACAGUAAAUGAUUGCAGUUGACAAUUCCCACCCUCACCUAAAGAUUUGACAUAAUAAUGAACCAUCCGAGGAGUUUCCCAGCCCCUGCAGGAUCCCAUGGCUCACUCCUGUACACAGGACAGACAUACUUGCAAGUAACUGUGAAGAAAGCUAAGCAACUUGCCUUUGAUUCACCUACUCUCAAAUCUGAAUGCUAGCUCCCAUUUUCCUUCCUAACAUACUCUGCCUGUUGCCUGGAAGUACUACUGAUGCAUGCUUUAACUGCUGAGUGCAAAUUCCAGGAUAUCUUCCUUUAUGCAGCCAUAAUAAUUUUCCCUUGGCUUUUUUGCUGGCCCAUGUAGGACCAGCUUGGAUAGCUGGCUCGGGUGAAUAUCUCCCUUUAUGGAUUUAUGGGCUACUACUAAAAUGAGGCUGCAUUUUUAAGCUGUAUUUUAAUUGUUUGUUGUUGUUCUUCUCUAUUAAGUUUUAUUGUAAUUUAUAUUUGUAAUUUAUUUAUUUAUUGUAAUUUAUAUAAUAUUUGGGGUUAGCCGCCCUGAGCCUGGCCCUGGCCGGGGAGGGCAGGGUAUAAAUACUACUAUUAUUAUUAUUAUUAUUAUUAUUUGUCAGGGCUGCCUCAAGUCUCAGCUCACAAAAGACCAACGCCAAUCUCUUCUUAUAUACAAAAGUGUUUAUUGCAGUUCAUUGUUUGCUUCACAUCCGAGGCGCGCAGCCCUACGUCUGUUACGCUUAGACCGUUGAAGUCCCCUCUGAGUCAGUCCCUCCCCUGCACCAGUUUAAGAAGCUUGCGCUGCUCCACCUCUUCCUCUCUUUCCUUUUCCGCAGGGUCUUCCUGCCCCCUGGGGUUUCGCCCCUCCUGGAUUCCCCUGACGCGGAAUCCCCAGACUGCUCUUCCCCCCUCCUGCGGGCUUUGGGACCUGGCUCUUCCUCCGGGCUCCCUGUACUUCCGCGCGCCUCUACAUUUGAACUUGGCGCGCGCGCCCAACCUCUAACCUUCCUUUUGACAGUUACACUACUCCCUUCACUACUCCCCUCCCCUUCCGGGAGGGUGGCUUGCUCCGACCUCCCUCCUUUCUCUGCUGCCGGAGCUGCUUCCCCUGAUACACUGGAACCUCCACCCCCUUCGCUGCACUCUGGCGGGGGGGCUGGUCCUGACGCCCAGCUGCCACUUUGGGAUCCCCUGCUGGCCCCCUGUUCCUGACACGUCCCCCUGGGGCUCCCUGGCCCUGACCACCGGCGCCCCCUUCUGGGAAUCCUCUGAUUCGCUGGAAAGACUCAUGGAAUCUCUUGAGUCAUUGUCAUCCUCUUCCUCGCUGUCCUGGGAUUCAUCCCCAUCGCUCUCCAUCUCCUGCCUACCCUGUGCCUCUGUCCCUGAACCCCUGACAUCCAUCCCCCCCUCGAAGCCCCCCCUUCCCCCCUCCCGCUGCUCGGGCGCAGGUUCCGGGAGCUCCGUUGUAGCGGGGGUAGAUACUGGAUACAGUCUGUCGACGUCGAUCUCCUCUGCUUCCAGUUCAGUGUAUGAGUGCUCGAAACCAGGGUCCUCCCCCAACACAUCCAAGUCCUCCCCUCCCCCUGUUACUUCAGGCGAUGCUGCUUGCCAAGGCUCCCGUCGCCACCCCACUUCUGGUUGAUCGUCCCACCAAUAAGAGCGGUCCGUGUCCACCCCCGAGCACGAUCCCCUUGGAGGGCUCGAUUCUGGCGUGGUCUCCUCUGCGGAGGAGAACCCCCGGAAGGUGCUGUCUGAAAGCGUGGGCGUAAAAGCCAGUCGUCAAAAUACUCCGCUGGCAUGGGCCUGUGUGGGAAGAGUGCAUGGAACUCGUCUUUAAGAAGAGGUUCCUCCAGAGCAUAAUCUGGCACCCAACUGUUGGCGCUGGCCGGGGUACCUUCCCUGGCGAGGAGGUAUUCUACUCCCUCCUCCCCCCAUCUCGAGUCCAGAAUUUCCGUGACCUCGUUGAGUGGCGGGGUCCUCGGUGACUCCCCCCCCCCUUGUGACUUUCUACGUGGGUCUGGUGCCGUCCCUGGCUCCUGAAAUCUGUGUGGGCCCUUGUAGGGAGUAAGCACCGACCUAUGAAAGACCGGGUGCAUUCUGGAACCUUCUGGGAGGGUCAACCGAAAAGCUACGGGAUUGAUCCUGCCCUCAACUUGGUAUGGCCCUAACUGUUUGUGUCCUAGCUUCUUCUUAGCUAACGACUUGGCCGGCACCGCCUGGGCUGCUAACCAUACCCAGUCCCCCACCUGGAUGUCUUCUCCUGCCCUCCUGUGCCUGUCUGCCUGCACUUUGUAGGCGUGUUUAGCUAGUUCCAAGUGCCGUCGUAGCUCCUCGUGGACCUCCUGCAAUUCUGCUGCUAAAUGCUCAGCUCCCUGCGACUGCCCCUGCGUCGUUGUCUCCAACGCCGGGAAGGUUCUGGGAUGCCGCCCAUUGUUGGCGAAGAACGGUGUCACCCCCGUUGACGCGUGCUUCGUGUUGUUGUAGGCAAACUCGGCCAUCGGUAAGUAGUCCACCCAAGUUGCAGGCUUUUGAUUGGCGUAACAUCGCAGGUACUGCUGCAUGAUGGCGUUGACCCUCUCCGCUUGGCCGUUGGUUUGCGGGUGUCUCGCCGACGCUAAGUUGAUCUUGACAUUCAGGAUGCCCAGGAGCUUCUGCCAGAAACUGGAAAUGAAUUGGCGACCCCGGUCGGACAGGAUGGACCGUGGUAAGCCGUGCACCCGGAACACGUGGUCUAUGAACAGCUUGGCGGUCUGUUCCGCUGUUGCCACCUUCGCGCAAGGAAUGAAGUGCGCCAUCUUGGUGAACAGGUCUACAACCACAAGCACCGCCGUCUUGCCUCGCGAACUGGGCAGAUCAGUAACAAAGUCCAGCGCCACCCUUUCCCACGGCUGUAGUGGCGUCUCCAGCGGUUCCAGCAAUCCCGCUGGCUUCUUGUGCACUGGCUUGGACCUCUGACAAGUGUCACACCUGGCGACGUAAUCCGCGACCUCUCCUCGCAUCUGGGGCCACCAAAAGUCCCUGGCUACUAAGUCCGCCGUCUUUUCUUUGCCGAAGUGACCCGCGCUGGGUGCGUCGUGUAACUGCUGUAAAACCUUCGCGCGGAGAUCGUCUCCCGGCACGUAGAGAGCACCCUUGCGGGUUAGCAGGCCGUCGCGUAUCUGGAAUUCGUCGUCCUUUGCUGUCCCUCUGCGCACCUCCUCCAUCUUGGAUUGUGCGAACGGAUCCGUCUGUAGCGCGCGGCGUACCGCGUCCAGGUCCACGGCGGCGGAAGCGCAUGCCCACGCCUGCGGUGCGAAAAUGUGCCUGGCUGCCACUGGUGCCGCUUCCUCGAGAUACUGCGGUUUCCUGGAGAGGGCAUCCGCUAUGACGUUGUUGUCUCCCGGGAUAUACUCUAUCCUGAAGUCGAAAUCCGCAAAGAACUCCGCCCAUCUUAUGUGCCUCUGGCUCUGGAGCUUCGCCGUGCGCCAAUACUCUAGGUUCUUGUGGUCCGUGCGGACUUGCACGGUGUGCUUGGCUCUGAUGAGGAAGUGCCGCCACGCCUUGAAAGCCGCGUGGAUGGCCAACAACUCCCUGUCCCAGAUGGUGUAGUUCUGUUCCGACUUGCUGAGCUUCCGGGAAUAGAAAGCGCAGGGCCUCCAGUUCCCUUGCGGAUCUUCCUGCAAGAGGACGGCCCCCACUGCUCUGUCAGAUGCGUCCGUUUCAACCCGCAUGGGCCUGCCGGGAUUCACGUGUAGCAGCUGUUCUUCGGACGCGAAGAGGCUCUUAAGUCUCCUGAAGGACUGCUCCGCCUGGUCCGUCCAUGUGAACUUUUUCUUCUUGGAACUGAGGGUGUCCGUGAUAGCUGCCGUCUCUUUCGCGAAACCCCUGAUGAACUUGCGGUAAAAGUUGGCGAAGCCGACGAACCUCUGGACUUCCUUCCGAUUGCGCGGGCUAUUCCAGUCCAACACCGCGCGGACCUUGGCGCUGUCCAUGGCUAGUCCCUUGUCGGACAGCCGGUAGCCCAGGAAAUCCACCUCCGUCACGUCGAACUGGCACUUCUCCAGUUUGGUGUAGAGUCUGUGCUCCCGCAGCCUCUGCAGGACCUCCUUUACGUCUCUCUCGUGAGUCUCCCGCGAUUCUGAGAAGAUCAGAAUGUCGUCGAGGAAGCAUACGCACUUCUUGUAGAGUCCCGCUAGCACGUGGUGCAUGAAGGCUUGGAAACAGUGGGAGCCAUUUUGGAGACCAAACGGCAUAACUCUGUAUUCAUAGGUGCCCAGCGGUGUGAACAUGGCCGUCUUCCACUCGUCACCUUCCCUCAUGCGUAUUAGAUUGUAUGCUCCGCGUAAAUCCAACUUGGUGAAGAUCCUCCCCUUCCUUACCGUCGCGAGCAGGUCGUCAAUUUUGGGCAUGGGGAAGGCCUUGGGCUUUGUCAUCGAGUUUAUGGCCCUAUAGUCCACAAUGAGCCUUUUUUGGGGCGUGUCCUUCUUCUUCACGAAAAACACAGGACUGCCCCCACUGCCUUGGAUUCUCGGAUGAAUCCCCGCUUCAAAUUGUGAUCUAUGAACUCCCUGAGUUCCUGCAUCUCAUCUUCAGACAUGGAAUACAGCUUCGCAGUCGGUAGCGUCGCCCCUGGUAAGAGGUCAGUUGCACAGUCGUAGGGCCGGUGGGGUGGUAAUUGGUCAGCUUCUUUUUCGCAGAAGACCUCCAAAAACCCCUUGUACUUGUGGGGCACUGCCUGCACCAUGCCUAGAUGCAACUGUUGCCCUUCCUCCUGGCCCUCCUCCUCCUGGCCGGUCUGGAUGCAAUGUUGUGCGCAGUAGGACGAGCCAAAGGUGAGCUGCCGCUGGUACCACGCUAAUGAUGGGCUGUGUCUAUCCAGCCAACUCAUGCCUAACACUAUAGGCGUGUCUGACAGUCGGGUGACAUUGAAACUGAUGACCUCGCGAUGAUUCCCAAUUUUCAGCAGCAUGGGUGGCGUCUGCUGUACCACUUGCCCGCCCAGCAACUUCCUGCCAUCUACCGUGACGACGUUCAGAGGCAGCGUGGCUGGUAGUAGCGCUAUGCGAUGCUGCUUGAUGAACUGCAUCCCCACGAAGUCUGCGUUGCUCCCUGAGUCAAUUGUAAUGGGGACUUCCAGGGUGAGUCCAUUAGGUAGCUGGAGAGUAGCAGUGAGCUGCACCACUGGCUUGGGUGGUAAGGGGUUUGUAGGCUGCAAAAGCGCUGGGGACUGCUUCACUGACUUGCCUGGCUGAGCCCCAGCAUGUCUGCUUCCAGCCAGGCAUUGUCGUUUCCCUGAAACUGUUCUCCUUGGAGUGCUUCCCCUGUUACUGUUGCUAAGGCUGCAGUGUGCUUCUGGAGCCUCUGGGGACACUCUUUGGCCAUGUGCUGCGCACUGUCACAGACGUAACACUUCCUGGUCCCUCUAGGAGGCUUCGCCUUGACUGCUCCGGACGCUGAGGCUCCGGCAGCUGUCUGAGCCUUUGCACCACCCAGUUCCAUUGGUUCCUCCCCCUCCCUCAGCCUAGGCGAGGGAUGCGUACGUCCCAGGUCGCUGGGAAGAAAAGGAGGCGCUCUAGCUGGUGCGCGGACUUGGCGCCCCUCCUCACUGUGCCAAGGGCGUUCUUCGUGGCGCACUCCUAUCGUGAGUGCCCUCUGCACGACGUCUGCUAGGGUUUGAGGUCUGUCCCCCCUGGCCAACUCAUCUUUUACGGAGCCAUGAAGCCCCUCCCAGAACAAGUCUCUCACUGCCAAUGAGUCCUUUUCCCAGCCCAGCACAUUCAGCAAAGCAAAAAAGCGAGAAUGGUACUGACGCACUGUAGCCUUGCCCUGCCGCAAUCCAUGCAUCUCCCGGCGCGCCACAUCAACAUCAACUGUAGAUUGGAAGCAAGCGUCCAUGGCUUUGAUAAAUUCAUCAGAGUUCCUGCGGGCAGGACCAUCUUCGCGCCACAAAUUGCGUAACCAGGCUCUAGCUUCCCCAUGCAAGUGGGACAUAAUAAAGCCUACCUUCUCCUCCUCAUCUUUGAAGUCUUUCCGAAGCAAAUGCAGCGCGUAUACGACGUCUGCUCUGAAACUGGGAUAAUGCUUCAGGUUUCCAUCGAAGUGGGCUACUAAAUUGCCCCCCCUCCGUCCGAGUCCGAUUCCCUCUGAUCUGGACCCCGGGAACCCCUCUUUGCACGCAUGAUCCCACCUGGCUUGCAGAUCCUGGCAUCGCGCUUCUGCUUCGGCAACUGUCUUCUGAGAGACCCGUACUGCAGCGGAGAGUUCAGCGACUGCGUUUUGCAGGGUCGUUAUCUGCUCCUCAGUAGUCAUGUCUGCCAAACUUCGUGAGCUUUGCAAAAAAAAUUUUGCGGUUUCUGUGAGAGGGGACUUACUGUCAGGGCUGCCUCAAGUCUCAGCUCACAAAAGACCAACGCCAAUCUCUUCUUAUAUACAAAAGUGUUUAUUGCAGUUCAUUGUUUGCUUCACAUCCGAGGCGCGCAGCCCUACGUCUGUUACGCUUAGACCGUUGAAGUCCCCUCUGAGUCAGUCCCUCCCCUGCACCAGUUUAAGAAGCUUGCGCUGCUCCACCUCUUCCUCUCUUUCCUUUUCCGCAGGGUCUUCCUGCCCGCUGGGGUUUCGCCCCUCCUGGAUUCCCCUGACGCGGAAUCCCCAGACUGCUCUUCCCCCCUCCUGCGGGCUUUGGGACCUGGCUCUUCCUCCGGGCUCCCUGUACUUCCGCGCGCCUCUACAUUUGAACUUGGCGCGCGCGCCCAACCUCUAACCUUCCUUUUGACAGUUACACUACUCCCUUCACUACUCCCCUCCCCUUCCGGGAGGGUGGCUUGCUCCGACCUCCCUCCUUUCUCUGCUGCCGGAGCUGCUUCCCCUGAUACACUGGAACCUCCACCCCCUUCGCUGCACUCUGGCGGGGAGGCUGGUCCUGACGCCCAGCUGCCACUUUGGGAUCCCCUGCUGGCCCCCUGUUCCUGACACGUCCCCCCUGGGGCUCCCCUGGCCCUGACCACCGGCGCCCCCUUCUGGGAAUCCUCUGAUUCGCUGGAAAGACUCAUGGAAUCUCUUGAGUCAUUGUCAUCCUCUUCCUCGCUGUCCUGGGAUUCAUCCCCAUCGCUCUCCAUCUCCUGCCUACCCUGUGCCUCUGUCCCUGAACCCCUGACAUUAUUAAUUAUUAUUAUUAUUAUUAUUAUUAUUAUUAUUAUUAUUAUCAUCAUCAUCCCUUUCAUCACCAGGUGGCAAGCAGAACUGUUCCAUAAACUUCUGCCAAAACGGGGGGACCUGUGUUGCUGGCCCAGAGUCUUAUCACUGCGAUUGCAAUCCUGGAUUCAAGGGCAGACAAUGUGAACUAGGUGAGUUAAGAACAAUACAGGCUUCUCUGGACUCUCCUAAUGGUAUGAUACUAUGGGUGCUUCCAGAUGUGGAUGAUUUUUAAUUGUUUAGUCAAUCUUGACCUUCCUCCUAAAGGAGCCCAGGGCAUCAAACGGUGAAGUGAUAAAAUAAUACAGUUAAAAAUAGAAAAGUUAAAAUUUUAAAAACUAAAAACAUGUGAAUAUUAGUAGCACCCAGUUGUUCCUGCUCUACUGCAAGUAGAAGAGCAACUCUGAUUCCGGACUUUACACUCUGCAGCCAAGUGGGCAACCCCCAUUUUCCCAGUGUGUAUGCCAUACAAAGGCACUGUGGGUUGGUGGUUCCUGUAUCUGGGAGACCGGCCAGUUGCCUAUUCUGGAUAGAGUUCCCUCAGAAAGAAGAGUUUUGGGGUGCUUCUGGGUCCAUCUUUGUCUGGAUGCUCUGGUUGCCUCAGUGGCUAGGAGUGCCUUUUACCAGCUACAGCUGGCAUGACAGCUACAGCUGUUUGUGGACAGGGUUAGUCAGGCCACAGUAACUCAUGCAAUGGUAACAUCAAAGCUCAAUUAUCACAAUGCACUACCUUGGGCCUGUUCUGGAGGCUCUAGCUAGUGCAAAACGCUGCACCCAGGCUGUUGAUAAAAGAAAACACUUUGUGCAGUGCAUAGUCAAAUGACAGAGCUUGCUCCCCCAGGAGGCAGUGAUGGCCACCAACUUGGAUGGCUGUAAAAGAGAACUAGACAAAUUCAUGGAGGAGAGGGCUAUCAGUGGCUGCUAGACAGGAGUGUCAGCUUGGCUCCCGUGCCGUGGGUGCCCAGGGCCGUGGGUGCAAUGCAGCAUGAAUGACCCUGGCACCAAAAUAUGUGGGUGCCCAGCCCCUUCAUGGUGAAUUUUGUGGGUGCUCAGGCACCCAGGGAGUUGGCAGCUAUGCUACUAGGCAUGAUGGCUAUGCUGUACCUCCACAGCUAGAGACAGCAAUGCUUCUGAAUACCAGUUGCUGGAAACCAAAGGAUGGGAGAGUACUCUUAUGCUCCCUGGUUUCUAGUUGGCUAUUCUUACACUCUUUAUGUUGAUGAGGAGAGACCACUGCAAGCAGAUAACUUCAGUGCUCAAAAGUUUGGGCUGGCUGUCCAUAGGAUACUGGGAACAGUUUUGAGGUUCGUUAUUAAUUUACAAGUCCCUUAGCAACUUGAGUGUAGGGUAACUCAGGGACUGCCUGAUCCCUUAGAUUCCUGCUUGAUCACUGAGGUCUUUGAAGGGGUCGCUGUUAGUGGUCCCCUGUGGCUCAGAUGCACAGCUUGUAUCUACAAGGAGCCAUGUGUUCAGGAUGGAGGGCCCAGUUUUAUGGAGCUCCCUUGCAGUUUAGCUGAGAGAGGCCUCUUCCCUGUUGAACUUCUGGCGCUUACUGAAGACAUCAAGAUUUCUUUGGUUAUGGGAAUAUAGUGCUCUCUCCUUCCAAACUGUUGGUUUAAUGAGUCUCCUUAUCUCCCUUCACUCACCAGCACUUGGGGCAGGAAUGUAUUUAGAAGGCAUUAGUUCUAAGUCAACCCGCCUUUGAAUAAUAGGAACAUUUAACAAUGCUUAGAAAUUGGACUUGAAAUAUCUCUCUGUGCUUAUUAUAGUCCUCCCUCCUUCCCUAACCAUGCCAAUUUCUCUCUUCAGCCUGCAAGAAGGUGCCUCAGUCUUGUACUCGGCUUUACUCAGAAACCAAAUCCUUUCCAGUCUGGGAAGGAGGUGUCUGUCAUUAUCUGUAAGUACUGUCUCACAGAACAUUAAUUCAGAGAUCAAAUUAGCUGUCAGUCCCAUUUUGAUAGAUAGGGCCUUGUACAUUCCAUUUUUGUUGUCCUGCUAUUAAUCCCCAUACACAGGAAUAUAAUUUAAAAGUACAUGAACAUCUGAAAAUACAAAGAAUUUUGUGAAUUAAAUAUUCCCUGUUCUAUAAAAAAAAAGGUUUCUAAGAUCCUAGAGAGGAGGCAGGAAUAAACACAGACAGUAAGCCAACUGAAGUUUGUAGUGCAGACAUACACAAAUGGUUGCAGAAUGUGAUUGCUGUGCAACUUCUAAGAUGUGAUAGAUCAUGAAUGAUGCAAAUGGUGAGCAGCUCAGGGAAUGGUGAGGAACUCAUAAUUUGGCUGCCGGUGGUUUUGGAGGGGCGGGCACUUGGAGGAAGAUAGGAACCUGAGGAUAUACAAAUGUCCAUUUAGUGCUGGAGGUUUCUCUGUCAAAGUAGGAAUGUUGGUGGAAAUUAGGGAGGUACAAGCUAUGUGAGAGGUUCACAACCAACAUACUAUUCAAUUGUGGCCAAGCAGACUUUUCAUCAUUCCUACUCUUAACUUGCAUUUGCUGUUGUGGUAGAUACAAGAGGAUCUACAAAGUGCACCAGGAUGUCUGCUACAAGGAGAGCUGUGAGAGCACUGUUUCAAAUAAGGCACACAGCAGGUAAAGGAAUGUUGGUGGCUUUGUGGGAAGUCAUAGCUGUGGGGGAAACCCUUGGAAUGCAAUAUCCAACUCCCGAUUUCUGACAUUACUGAUGGUUUAGGUUAGCAGCAACCAUCUAAUCUUGAUGUUAACUUAUGGGUUGUUUAGACCGCUGGAGUGUUUAAAUCUGUGAUCAUUUACUCAGUCAGUAUUAUUGCUACUUUAAUUCUGCUGCCAUUGCCCAACAUGCUGCUGGAGCAAAGUAGCAUUCAGAACAAGAAGAGUAUGUUGGAAUGUUUUAUAGAUUUAACAUUCUCUUGUUUGUUUCAGAAAACAAAGUAACAGACACUGAAGCCAUAUAGUAAGUAUCUUUGCAGGAAAAUAUAGGGAAUGAGGGCUCCAUACACCUCUGUGCUGGAUAAACCACAGAACAGGGUUGAGGAAUCUGUGGCUCUUCAGUAGUUGGCUAAAACUCCCAUCACUGAGCAUUGACCUUGCUGGCUGGAGCUGAUGGGAGCUGAAGUCUUAACAAUAGCAGAGGACCAUAGCUUCCCCAGCCCUGCUAGAGUUAGGGGUCUUGUAAGGAACAAGUUAUCUAGAAGCUCGCUUGGUGGGGCAUAUCCUUUAUCCUACUUGUAGCAAAUUCCUUUUGAAAAGUUCCCACAGCUGAGGAUAUUGUGGGUGUUCUCUAACUGCAUCAUAAUGGUGAACAAAUGCUUUAUUUAUGUAGAUUGAUUUGUUUAUUUAAAGUGUCCCAAGAGGCUCUCAAAGUAGCUUACGAAAGAUUUGCACAUAUAAUAAAAAUAUAACUUGGUGACAGGAAUCUUCAGGCAACAUUCUGCUCCCCCCCCCCCGCCCCCAUCAUUCUUUAUUUUUCCUUGGUGUCACAAGGUCACAGGCCUACUGAGGUGAGCAGGGCUGAGCAACUGGAUCUUGCUCCAUCUAUGGUGGAGCAGUCUCUUUGCUGGCAGAAAACUUCAAAAUAUUGAUGGGUAGGUAGCUUGCCACUAAAGGAAAAGUGGCAGUGAUUAUUGACUACCACAGUAGAUUUCAUGAAAGGUAUAAUUGAGAUAAAGAAAACCGCACCCUGAUCUUUUAUUCCAAGCAGAUGCUGAGCGUCUUUAGCACCAGAAGGCUCAGACAUGACAAAGUGACAAUCUCAGAAAAUUUCACCUCAAGAGUGUUUAUACAUAUCUGGCACUUAAGUCUGAUCUUUCUACAUUACAAAGAUAAUUGUCAACCAGUUUUCUGCCUGCUUCCCUACACAUGCUGAGGAAUGAAAUGUCAGAAGCAGCCUUUAGCAUUCUUUGAUUCUGCUCAUUGAAAGCAGUAUUUCUUUCAAAGCUCUUUCAGUGAGACUAUGUCUCUCUACCCUCCAUAAAAAAAAUUCAUUAAUGGAUCCCAAAGCUAUACCAACAGAAUUCCUCACCAGGAUUCUCCUUGCUGUAGGAAUAUCAAGGAUCUGCUCACCAGUGGAACUUUGACAUUUUACUAAAGAGUUCAGUGUAAAUAUGAAUAAGCAGUAAAUCUGCUUGUUAACUUUUUAACACAAGUGAAAUAAACUUUUUAGCAGUGAAAUGGAGGAAGAAAAGAAUCUUUGUACCUGUGUUUUAUGCAUGCGCACAUAAUCUAAGUGCUAGCUGUCGUGUUUUAUUUUUCCUUUGUAGGUUCCAGAACACUCAACAUUUCUUCUAACUGGAUUGGAAAAAAGGAGAGACCCUCCAGCAAGAUCUAUGGACUUUUCUUCCUUUGCCUUGUUCAGGAGGUGUUCACCAAAUAGCCAUAUCCCUCUCUCUUUGGCAGGAUUAUAAGGGUCCGCUUACCUUUCUUCAUAGCACCUGAAUUUAUACAAGAUGAGUGACAUGUUAGAAAAGUCUCUCUCAGGAUUGAAGUCUAUUAUGGGCCACUUGCCGCAAGGGCAGAGCCUAAAGUUUCACCAGUGAUGGAGAUACUGGUUACAUAAUCUGUGGCCACUGGACUACCUUAAAAGAAAAACAAGCCCUGAAACAAAUGUUCUGGAUUAUAACCAAAAGGAGAACCUCCCUGGCAUAAAAUUUGAUGUCCAAAGCUAAUCACGUCUAAAAUACUCCCAUUUGCAAACAGUGUGUCUUUUAAAAAACACUAGGUUCUUUUCCUUUGUUUUUCCCUUUGCAAGAUUAGUUAAUGAAACGCAAGAAAUCUGACAGCCAGCUACUGCUGUGCCUUUUUAUUGCUAACAAAUUACUUGCAUUUCAAAAUUUAUUCUAGUGCAGUGGGGAAAGGGCUGCAGAAGCUAGAAGUCUAUAUCCAUUUUCAACAACAGAUCAAACAGGCUUUUAGUUAUUCAGCCUGUGGACAUGCUAUUCCAUAAAGUGAUUAGAAAAUGCCAUGCCUUAAUAAUUAAAAAAGUUGAAAACCCUUCUAGCCACUCUAUGAAGGGUAAAUAGAAUGCUUUCCUGUUUAAGUCAGGAUUGUGAUGCCAGUGGAGGAAAAAUAGCAGAGCAUUUUUUCCUUCUUCCCAGAUGUUCAAUUGCUACAGCUCCCAAGAAUGGCCAGCUACUCAAGGAGCCUCAAUAUUUCCUAGAUUUGAGAGUUUGUAUGACUAAAUAUAAAAUUGUGUUUAAUAUACAUACACUGUAUAUUUUAUAAAUUAAUACAGCCAGAGGUUCAAUUACAGUUUACCUAUUAUUAUUCCUGUAAGUGCUGGUAGCUCUCUAGCAGCCCAUUCGGCAAGUGCAAAAAAGAAAAAAAGGGGGGGGAGAGCAGCCUUGUUCCCUAGAAAGCUAAUCCUGGCAGCCUUAAAGAGUUGUAAAUAUAGUUUCUUCAGCAAAAGAUAGCACUAACCAUUCCCAGCAGGAAAAGGCCCUUUCCACAGCUAUCACAAAAGGAUAGCCUCUACGAGAAGGACUCACUGGAACCAAUAAACAUUUAGGUUUAUUCCAAUUAUUUACAUACGUUUUGCAGCAGUAUUAGCUAAAGGAUCCCCCUCCCCACAGAAAUUGCAUUUUUCACUACAGACCUUCUCAAAAGGCAUGGGCUGAAGAGAAAAUCAUAUACUUAAUAUGACUAAUACAAGAUCUCCAAACUCUCUCCAUUGCAAAUUGCAGCAUUUUAGUUGGAUGUUCUGUAAUUUGCCCUGUUUUAUGAAAAGAAAUAGAAAUCUGGAUUUCUCAUUCAGGGAAGGCUUCUUCAAGAGCAGUAGAAGAAAAGGAGAACUUUUAAGAAGGCCUAGCUUGUAUAGAUUGGCAGGAGUAGACACAACACCAAAGGACCACAGAUUGCAUUGUCAGAGUAGUGUUAAAACUACAUUUUAAGCUUUUCUAGCAUUUUAAGCACUGAUUUGUCUGAGCAGCCAAUCAUGUACUGCCACAAUGAACCUAGGCAUUGAGAAAAUAUGCAUUUUCAUGUUUCAUUAGCAAGUAGAGAAUUUAUCAUGCCCUGUUUCUGAUGUUCAGGUUGUGAGCAGCUUAUGUAGCCAAAACAGCACCAGGCUUUGGGGGGGGGGACUUCAUGGUUUGCAAAAGUACAAAAAUAAAAUCAUAUGGGGGGACGGCGACUAAAAAUGGACAGAACCCCAAAACAGCCAUGAGGCCACACAAUGUUGAUGGGAGGGGAGAAUUGGAAUGAAGAGGUGGAAUACUGAACAGAAGCACUCCACGUGCUACAACGUUUUGUCUCUGGUCUUACUUACAAGCACUUAAAUCCCAACUGCUUCAGUUUAAUUGGCUUGAGGGCACAUGAAGGCAAUCUCACUGUUAAAAAUACAGCUUCCAAGGUGCAAAAAAGGGGGUGGGGGAGGGAAGGGUUAGUAAUCCCGUCAGCUAAAUAGCACAUUUUUCCAGGCCCAGUAAAUUGACAAAGAUAGUGAGAGGUCUUCAAAGCCGGUUUCUUGUCUGCCGCACAGCAACACUGGUUUCCCCCCCAGGCACAGUCUAAAGUAGAACAGUCUGUAUCAAGUCAGUAUUUUAUAGCCAGAUUGAGGCAUAUAUAAUGCAGCAAUAAACUAAAAAAGAUUUUAUUCUGUCAAAGUUAUUUUGUUUUGCAUUUUAGAUUAAAAUACAAUUUAUUU